AAAGGAUUCUGGGAUACCGACGGCACGAAAGCGUGGAUAAAUGCACGCUUGAAAACAUGCUAAGCGCGCUUAGCAUUUUUUAGCAUCUCGUGCCAAACGGGACACCGUUCGCACCGUCGUGACGUCAUGCACACUUCAAAUGCACCGUUCGACGGUGCAGAAGGGCACUUAGGUCGAUGCGGUCUCUGAAAUGAGACACAGCCACAGUGAAAAAGUGUUUACCGUGGCUGAGUCGUGAUAUUUCCCACUGCACCUGAAAUACACACCAGCAGCGGGACUCGGACUCGGACCCUCCUCCUCCUCCUCCUCAUCUCCGCGGUUCUCUGCCACCUUCAGCCGGCCAUGGCGCUCCGGAGCUUCUUCGUGGGAGGAAACUGGAAGAUGAACGGGAACAAGGAAAGUCUGGGGGAGCUGAUCGGGACCCUGAACACGGCCACCCUGGACGAAAACACCGGUGAGUCCUUUAAUCGAUCAGGUUUAUCGAUAAACUACAGAUUCACUCAGUCUGUGCGUGUUAGGGUGUUUUUGAGAUCGAUCACAGGGAUCGAUAAAGUCCGAUCAAACAAACGGAGGAGAGAUGCUGGAGCUCAGAUGACACGGUGACAUUGGAGGUCACGUGAUCAGGAUGAGUUACGUAACGGUCUCUGACGCACCUGUGUGAUCCUCUUCACAGGUAAAUCAGCUUAAAGUCCAUGACCUCAAAACCGUCUUACUCUCUGCAGAAGAAGAAGAAGAAGAUGGGAGUGUUAGAAACUUUAUCAAUCAAUCAAUCAAUCAAUCAAUCAAUCAAUCAAUCAAUCAAUCAAUCAAAUGUGUUGAAAUUAAAAUCCUAAAAUAAAGGAGUUUUUCAUGGACUGUAAAGCACUUCCUGUUACAUCGUUUGUAUGAAAAGUUUUUAUAAAUAAAGUUUAAUUUGAUUUAUUGAUUAAUUGAAAAACUGUGGUCUGCUCCACAUGUUUUUAUUACAGUAAGAGUUUAUAAAUAAAAAAUAACUUGAAAAAUUCAUGAAAGGAAAAAAGAUGAUCUACAGUCAAAAAUCACUUUUUUAAAGAAUAACAGUUUUAGUUUUUAUAAUCAACUCAAGGUCAGAACCACAGGAAGUUCAUUUGUUGGAUAUUAUAGAUAUUUAAUCAUGUUUGAAUGAAGCGAACAGUAACGAUGCAGCUGUCUUUAAAGAAACAGUUAGUGACGCUCUUUACUGAUCAUAAACUUUAUUAAACUUUUUAAAUCUGACUUCAUCACAAACUAGAAAAACUAAAAUAAUAAAAUUUAAAAUAGAAAUAAAGUCAAUAAAGCAGAAACUGGGGUCACUUUAGGCCGUUUACCUGAGCAUACCCCCCCCCCCCCUCACUUUAUUUAAAGCUCCUCUGUAUGAUUGUAAGACUUUGGCGCCUCCAUGUGGACAGAACUGUGUCUAUAUAGAAGUCCUGAAUUUACUUGGAUGUGAUUUAAUCUCAUAAAUGUGAAUUUUUCAGAGGUGGUCUGCGGCGCUCCUUCCAUCUACCUGGACUUUGUUCGGUCCAAUCUGGAUUCACGAAUCGGGGUCGCUGCUCAGAACUGCUACAAGGUGACGAAGGGAGCGUUUACAGGAGAGAUCAGGUAUCUCACCCACCGACUGAAAACAAACGCAGAAAUAUCUCUGACUAAAUCCAGAUUCUAGAUUCAGCUGAUUCACGUUUAAAGACUGAACAGAAUCAGAUUUUCUGUUUCUGAAUCUCUAAAUUUUAUUUACAAACUCGAUAAAAACUCCUGAAAAUGAGACUCUGUGAAGACCGUGUCCUCUCUCUGCAGCCCCGCCAUGAUUAAGGACUGCGGCGUGGACUGGGUUAUCCUGGGACACUCAGAGCGCCGGCACGUGUUUGGGGAAAGUGACGAGCUGAUUGGUCAGAAGGUGAGACACCAGCUGCAGUAUGGGUCUUAAAGCCCCGCCUCCUCCAUGUUAACAGAUUGGACAUGAAAAUCAAACAUAUGUGGUCCACACACACACACAUCAGAGGGGCUGAUCUAUGCUUGAACCUGAUUGGUCGGUUGGUUUUCAGGUGGCCCAUGCUCUGGAGAGUGACCUGGGAGUGAUCGCCUGCAUCGGGGAGAAGCUGGAGGAGCGAGAGGCCGGCACCACAGAGGAGGUGGUCUACAACCAGACCCAGGUCAUCGCAGGUAAAGAGUGAAAACUCAGGCGUGGAUUUUUCAGGGUUUCUCUGUCGACCCGUGGAUUCUGCAGGGUUUCGGUUCACAGCCUGUUGGUUCUGGACUCACUCAGUCUCAGGCGUAAAAUUAAAUCAGGGUCAAACCCACCGUAACACCGAGUUAGACCCCCCCCUCCAGAGAUGAAUGUUGUCAUCCGCUUGAUUCUCUAGUUAUACCAACUUUAGUAACGACCGCAGGAUAGAAAUACAGAGAGACAUAAACAAAUCAUUUCUUUAUCAUUUCCUUGAAGUAAUAAUCACCAUAUUGAUCAUUUUACAGACGCGGUAGUUCUUCUGUCUUAGCGUCUCGGUCUGAUUGUAUUUCCAUGAAGAAAGGAUCAUAAAUGUUCUUCCUUGAGCUGCGGCACCCCGCUGUAGUCUGUAAUGGACUGGCCUGAGCAGGGCCAGCCCCAGCCUUUUUGGUGUUCUCGGAGAAAUUAAACAACCCCCCCCCCCCCCCCAGGACAAAUUUGUGGCUAUAGAGUGGCGUUUUGGUUGGGGGCGUGGCUCUCUGUAUUUCUAUCCUGCGGUCGUUACUAAAGUUGGUAUAACUAGCGGUCGACAACAUUCAUCUCUGGAGGCGGGGUCUAACUCGGUGGGUUUGACUCUAACUUUAUUUAUUUCCCUUUAAAACCAUGAUUGAUGAUUCUCCUGCAGACUACUUCUCUAAGUAGGUUCUCUUCAUUACUCUGACUUAAAAUGUAAGUGGGUCAGCGGUCUCUGCUGAUGGAGGCGGGGCUUCAUCUCUGGUCCUCUGUGGAUGCAGGUCUGUCUCCUCAGAGGUCUCUGAAAAGUCCGACAGCAUCAACAGAUCUUUGCAGCGUGUCCUCAAACUGUAACCUGCUGUAGUCCCUCUGGAGCAGGUGAUCGGACUUUAGAGCGCCGACUGUGUUUACAGAUGGAGAAACUCUUCCACUGCUCCUCUGUAGAUCUCAUGAUGGUCGAUGUUGUUUGUGUUGCAGAGAACGUGAAGGACUGGGGGAAAGUGGUCCUUGCUUAUGAGCCUGUGUGGGCCAUCGGCACAGGAAAGACCGCCACACCUGAUCAGGUAGAAAUGACAGCAGGAUGGUCAUGACCUCACCGCCUUUGUUAGUGAGACUGACUCUCAACUGUGCGUGUGUGUGUGCGCAGGCUCAGGAGGUCCAUGAGAAGUUGAGGGCGUGGCUCCGAGCCAACGUGUCUGAUGAUGUCGCUGACUCUGUGCGCAUCAUCUACGGAGGUCAGUCGAAUUUCUACCUUUCACACUCGUCAGAAAGAGACGUAGACUUUCUUUAUGGUCACUGCAGACAGAAAACACAGCAGUGAUUAUCUGUUUUCUCGGUGCUUGGCUUCCAUAUCACAGCAUGAUGGUGUUAUAAUAAUUAUCAUAAUAUCUAAUAUAAUAAGUAUCAUAAUUUAAUAUACAGAAAAAACUAAAAACUAAGGGUCAAAGAGCAGCAUGCUGAGUAAUACUGUGGAAUAAAAAACAAAUAAAUAAAAAUAUAUAUAAAAAGAUAAAUGUUCUUAUUUACAUCCAAUAAAUGGUACAAACAGGAACACAGUGCAGCAGGGUGGGAGUGGGGUUUUUUUUGGCAUUUAGCAGACAGAUGUUUGUGAAUCUGGCUGUUCUGCAGCGGAUGCUGAAGAACCUUCUGCCAGACGCCAGGUGAGUUUUUGUGGAGCCCUUCCUGUUUGGCGUCCGUCCUCAGAGGACAAAGAUCACACUCUGAAACCUGUCUUUAUGUUCCUCUUCUUCUUCUCCACCCUGAAGGUUCAGUGACAGGAGCCAACUGCAGAGAGCUGGCGUCCCAAGAGGACGUGGAUGGCUUCCUGGUGGGCGGAGCUUCUCUAAAACCAGAGUUUGUGGACAUCAUCAACGCACAAGCCUAACAAACCUGAAAAAACACGAGGAGGGAUGAGAAACCACACCGCUGCUCUUUAGAGUGUCACCUUGACUGGGCUGACUGAUGGAUCCACAGAGACCGGUCCGAUUCAUUGGUGUCAGAGAGGGUUAGUUCUUCAUUCAGGUCCUCUUCAGUCCGACACUUUAAGCUUGUUCAUCUCAGAAUUUCACUUUUAUCUUCACGUGGGUUCAGAGGAAAGGUACUCUCAGUGUUUUCAGGUUGCAGCUGGUUGAGUUUGAGUUUUUUAGAGGAUGUGAGUUUAAUAAAGUUCAGAUUUAACGCUUCUCCGUGUUGAGGAGUCGAGUCAGUCAGCCCGGGUUGUGCCCCUCUCUGUCUGUGAUGUUGUCUUAAUGAUGCACAGCCACCUGCACUAACUGCUGCUGCAGGGCCCUUCACAAUAAAAGCUCAUCUUAGAAUGUACUUCUAUACACACACAUAUAUAUAUACCUAUAUAUAUACAGGGAUUUGAGACUCUGCAUCCUGCUGCUGUAUGUCUAACACUGAGUUGAAGAGACUGUCAGAAUAUUAAAUAAAUAAUAAAUAAAAGAGAAAAGACCAACACCUUGUGGUUUUCUGUGUUUUUAUCUCUGUUUUAAAAAUCUAAGGUUAAUCUAAGUUCAUUGUGCAGAUUGCCGAUCCCUCUUUCCUCAUGCGCUUCACAUAACCCCUCUGAAAAAACCCUGAACUAUCUUUUUAAGAUCCUGUCUGACUCAGUUUGCUCUGGAUUCUAUGAUAGAAUCUUCUGAGAAAGGGCACUCGCUCUAGCCUGUUAGUCUUCUAUGAUGUUAUAUAACAUCAAGGUUGUUAUAUAAUGUUUCCAUUUUGUAUUUGAACACAACAUAUUGGGAAAACGAGUCGUAUCCUUUUUUUCUUAACCAUGUUUAGGAAAUAGAUGAGCGUCGUUUCUUGUUUUUAACGUUUGGUUUUAUUUUGAAAAAUGAUACGUGGGUUGCAGUGGCGGCUGCUGGUCUUUCAAGGAGGGGAAGCUCAUUUUUCUGGCCUACAUCAUAAUUGUAUUUGUUUAUUUGUAUGUAACAGAACAGAGUCGCCAAACACAACGGCAGUCAUUUUUAACAAAGACAAGAGUCGCUGAGGAUCGGUAAAGUCUCCGGAGCAGUUAAGAACAACGGAAUGAAUGACUUGGAAAAUGCUCUGGUAGAUGUUUUAUUCUUCAAGAUCGCUGAUUCGCUUGUUUAGCUGUCAAUCAAAAAAGGAUUUCGCCUCAGACAGCUCAUCCAAUCAUGGAUGCAGAAGCUUGGAGUCCGGGAGAAAGUUGGGACCGCCCUCUCGUCAUAGAACUCCAGUGAAGCUGAGCCUCUGAUGGGCGGGACAAAACCCAGCAUUUAUCCAAUAAGCAUCUAGUUUCGCUGCUGGAACAACCCACUUUGAGCUUCCACAUUGAAGUCAGCAGAAGCCCAGCGUCCGGCUGUUUAAAGCGCUGAGGCGCUGCAAGGAUGAAUGAGAACGAAGUUAUGCCGGUUACCUGUGAUUAUCAGCUUCUUAUCACAGUGUCUGAACAAAAGUUGAAGGCUUUCUAGUGCGUAUUUAGUUAAUGAAAUGUACACACAGCCGUACGUAUUUCACCACUUUUUCUUUUUUUGGGGGGGUGACAUUUUAAGGGAAGCCGAGCUUCCCUUGCAGUCUUAGAGCAAUCGCCACUGGUGGGUUGAAUUCGCGCCUUUUAUAAAUCGUGUUUGAGUUUCACUGUAAUGAGCUAACAACAGACACUAAGACUGAUAAGAUGAAGCUCCACCAAACACAGAAGAACGAUCACAACAUAAAUGACGUUGCUGUUCUGUUUGUCAACAGGUUUUGAUCUUCGGUGGUUUUCUCUUGUUCAUUUCUCAUGUUGAAGAAGAAGGUGAACUAACCUGCUCUCUUCAGUUUGUAACAGCAGUUGGCAGUCGAUUGGCAGACAGAUUCAAGUCAAAAUCAAUCAAUCAAUCAGUCUUUAUUUGUAUCGCACUUUUCAUACAAAAAGAUGAAGCACAAAGUGUUUUACAUAGUAGAGAAAUAAAAGAAACAAAGAAAACCUGAAUCUACCCCAACCCAACCCCUCAUUCCCACCCCGCAAUCUCAGCUCAAUAGAAACAUGUAUAAAAAUGCAUGAACUUAAAAAGGGUUCGAUUCAUAUAAACAGGAAUGUGCGCACUGAGGAAACACCGUUUUAAAAUUCAAGGUAAAGAAACACUGGAGGUUUAAAAUCUAAAAACAAAGUAACAUAAAAUGAAAUUUAAGAAUUAUUAAAUAAAAUGAAAUAAAAACAAGAGUAAAAGAUACGACAAUAAUAACACCAAAAUAUCUUAAUCAAAGAUGAUUCUGUCAUUAAAACUAGAAGAGAUAAAUGUUAAAACACUUCAACAAAGUUAAUGAUAUAAAAUUAAGAUAUAAAAUUUAGUUGAAAGAAAGACUAAAAAGGUUUGUUUUCAGUUUGCUUCAUCAAUCAUUAAGAUUAGGUGUAGUCCUCAGGUCAUCAGGUAAGCUGUUCCACAGACGGGGGCCACAGGAAUAAAAAGAUGCCUCACCGUAUGUCUUGGCUACUCUCUGAACUGUAAAUAAAUUUAGACCUUUAGAUCCUGUCAAAGUUUCCGUUUCCUCUAAUAACACGGUGAGAAUCCUGAAACAAAAGCCACCAAGACUUCCUCUCCUGAAGGUUAUUUUAGCUUUCUCUGCUGCUGCUUUCAGUAUUUUCCUUUUGUCAUCAUACCUCCUGCAUUCAAUGAGAACACACUGUACUGAUGAAGCUUCACUUUCCCUCCAACCUGGUUCUGUAUGAUCUACCAACAGAGUGGAAACUCAAUGAGCUCAUUUCAUCGGAUACUUUGAAGAGAACGCUGAAAGACCUGGAGGCAGACACAUCCCAAUGAACACGCUUUGAUUCAUUCUUCAUUCUGGGUGAUCCUGAUGAACAGCUGCUGCUUCAGUUCUUGUGUGGAGGUUAUGGACUACAGAUAGUGUAUUGUGUUGUGUUGUAUGAGUAUGACUGUUUUGAUGUACAAAACCCAGUUCCAUUAAAGUUGGGAAAUUGUGAUAAACGUAAAUAAAAACAGAUGACAAUGAUUUGCAAAUCGUUUUCAACCUAUAUUCAAUUGAAUUCACUACAAAGAAAAGAUAUUAAAUGUUCAAACUCAUAAACCUUAAUUUUUGGGGGAAAUAAUUAACUCAGAAUUUGAUGGCAGCAACACAGGGUCAUGUUUACCUCUGUGUUCCAUCACCUUUUAACAAACUCAGUAAACGUUUGGGAACUGAGGAGACGAACUGUUGAAGCUUUGAAGGUGGAAUUCUUUCCCAUUCUUGGUUGAUGUUCAGCUUCAGUUGUUCAACAGUCCGGGGUCUCCGUUGUCGUAUUUUACAGUUCAUAAUGCGCCACUGCAGGCGAAAAAGGUUUAUUUUUCUACGUGUAAGCUAACAUGUGUGAGGUCAGAUACAUUCAACAAUUAAAUCCUGUGAUAUACCAUGUGAACUUUCUGAGUACAAUUAUGGCUAAAUCUUUUUCCACACUCAGAGCAGCUAAAAGGUUUCUCUACGGUGUGAACUACCAUGUGCAUGGCCAAGGACCUUCUAUCAAAAUAUCUUUUAUCUCACUUUGAUCAUCUGAAGGUUUCUCUUCCCUGUGAGACAACAUGUGUGCAGUCAUCUCUGUUUUUUGGGAAAACUUUUGACUGCACUCAGAGCAGCUGAAAAGUGUCUCUCCUGUGUGAACUAACAUGUGUCGUUUUAGAGCCUCUUGCACUUUGAAUCCUUUAUCGCACUCAGAGCAGCUGAAAGGUUUCUCCCCUGUGUGAAGUAACAUGUGUCGUUUUUGGACCACUUUACAUUUGAAUCUUUUAUCACACUCAGAGCAGCUGAAAGGUCUCUCCCCUGUGUGAGUUAUCAUGUGUCGUUUUUGGGCCUCUUGAGAUUUGAAUCUUUUAUCACACUCAGAGCAGCUGAAAGGUCUCUCCACUGUGUGAGUUAACAUGUGUUUGGCCAGAGACCUUUCAUCAAAAAAUUUUUUAUCACACUCUGAGCAGCAGAGAGGUCUCUCCCCUUUGUGAUCUAAUUCGUGCCUGGUCAGAGUCUCUCUCCGUCUAAAUGUUUUACUACACUCAGAGCAGCUGAAAGGUUUCUCUCCUGAGUGAACUAACAUGUGUCUUUUCAUAUGCUCUUGACAGUUGAAGCUUCUACCACAGUAAGAGCAGAUGAAAGGUUUCUCUCCUGUGUGAACUAACAUGUGUCUGGUCAGAUGCUGUUUUACUGAAAAUCUUUUAUCACACUCAAAGCAGCUGAAAGGUCUCUUCCCUGUGUGAGUUAACAUGUGUUUGGCCAGAGACGUUUCAUCAAAAAAAUUUUUUUUACACUCUGAGCAGCAGAAAGGUCUCUCCCCUUUGUGAACUAAUUUGUGCCUGGUCAGAGUCGCUCUCUGUCUAAAUGUUUUACUACACUCAGAGCAGCUGAAAGGUUUCUCUCCUGUGUGAACUGACAUGUGUCUUUUCAUAUGCCCUUGACAGUUGAAGCUUCUACCACAGUAAGAGCAGAUGAAAGGUUUCUCUCCUGUGUGAAUUAACAUGUGUCUGUUCAGAGUGUUGUGAAAGUUGAAUCCUUUACCACACUCAGAGCAGCUGAAAGGUUUUUUCUCUACGUGAGUUGACAUGUGUUGGGCCAGAGACGCCAUGUUGGAAUAUUUUUUAUCACACUUUGAGCAGCUGAAAGGUGUUUCCCCUGAGUGAAUUGGCUUGUGUCUGAUCAGAGCACAUUGACGGCUAAAUCUUUGACCGCACUCAGAGCAGCUGAAAGGUUUCUCUCCUGUGUGAACUAACAUGUGUCUGGUCAGAUGCUGUUUUAGUGAAAAUCUUUUACUGCACUCUGAGCAAGGAUGAGAUUUCUUGACAGUUUUCUGUCCUCUUCUUUUCAUUAAUUUCCCAGAGUUUAAUCCUGACUGAGCCUCACUGGUCUCCUUCCAAUCAUCAUCAUCAUCAGUCACAGAGGAGUCUUCUGACCCGUUAUCACUCACAGGAUUUGAGUUUCCAGCUGGUUCUGAAACUCCACAGAUUUCUUCAUCAUCUCCUGUUUCCAUCUUUUGAAUUGGUUUUGGGUGAAGCUGUGGAGGCUGAGGUUUUUCUUCAUCCUCUUCACUCUUCACAAUGGCAGCAGUGAAUGGGAACAUGGUGGCCUCAGCCUCCUCAAACCCUUGAAGCUGCUCUCCCUCCUGACUGCUCCAGAGUUCCUCCUCCUUAAUGUGCAUGUGCUUGGUGUCCUUUUGGUUUAGAUCAGGGCUCCACUCCUGGAGCUCAAGAGGUUCCUCUUUAAUCACUGACAGCUGCUGGACAUCUGCAGGAAACACCAAAGUACAGAAAGACACAUCAAGAUAAGCUUGGCAUCUAUGUUGGAGACAAACUUUGGAUAGAGAUUCUUGCUUUUAAUUUUCAAACUCCCCUACAAGUUAAAUUUAAUCAACUCCUAAACAGACCAACCAGAUUUUAUUUUGGUGUUUUAUUGAAGGAGAAGUUGUUUCAAGCACUCCCAAAAAACAGGCUAGAAACGCCUGCCCUGAAGCAUCACAUUCGGGUCAUACAGUUUGUGUCGGUCAGAGAAGAACCAACUGAUCAACUGGAGAAACUUUGUCAUCAUGGAUUUUUUUGCACUUUGACUUUGAACACCACACAUUGGAAAAACAAGUCAUUAUCACUUUUUUUAUGAUGUUUUGGAAACAGCCAUAGUGAUGGUCAUUAGGAACAAGUGGGGCUUAGCCCCACCUCUUGUCAUAAAAAAACUAAAUGAAUCUGUUAUCAGCAGUUGUCAAAAAAAUGAUGAGACAUGAUGAGGCCUAUUGCAUGAUAACUGCAGAGUCACCAUUUGCAUUUUCUUUUGGUUGCAAAUGCAAAUAUAUGUUUUUAAUGAUUGUAGAAGUCCUUCUCCUCCCGUUGGUGUCUGCAGAGAACUACAAUGGCUGCAGGGUCAAUGUUAGGCCAGCCACUCUCUCACAGCUGAGUGUGUAUUAUACAUGGGAAAAUUGAAAUGAACACUCUCAGAGUGUUUGUCUGUUUACUGUACAUCCGCCUAAAGAAUUAAACAUCAUGCCUUUUUAAAGACUUGAUUGGCUGAUAAUUCAAAGCAGUUUCGGUGAUUUGCUGCUGUCAUUCAAGCUGCUAAACUGCUAAAAGUCAGAAAACCAUUUCUGGACAGGAUACAGAAACUUUUAAUAAUAAUAAUAAUAAUACAUUUUAUUUAAAAGCGCCUUUCUGGACACCCAAGGACACUGUACAGGCAUUAAGAACACAGUUAAAACACUGUUAAAAUAAAUAAAAACAAUAUACAUGUAUGGAAAUGGGCAGUUAGAGGGAAUAAGCAAUUUGGAACAGAUGUGUUUUGAGUUUUGAUUUGAAGUGGGGUAGUGAGUCCAUGUUUCUGAGAUCCGGGGGGAGAGAGUUCCAGAGUUUGGGAGCAGAGCGACUGAAAGCCCUGCUCCCCAUGGUGCUGAGUCGGGCAGAGGGGACAGAAAGGUGGAGGGAGGAGGAGGAUCUGAGGGAGCGUGAGGGGGUGGCGAUGUGGAGGAGAUCGGAGAAGUAAGGGGGGGCAAGGUUAUGGAUGGCCUUGAAGGUGUAUAGUAUGAUUUUAUAGUGGAUUCUGGACCGGAUAGGGAGCCAGUGAAGCUGCUGAAGGACAGGGGUGAUGUGGUGGAAGGAGGGAGUUCUGGUGAUGAUACGGGCUGCAGAGUUUUGGACAAGUUGAAGUUUAUGGAGGGAUUUGUGAGGGACACCGAGGAGGAGUGAGUUGCAAUAAUCGAUACGGGAGGUGACAAGACUGUGGACUAGGAUAGCUGUGGUGUGAGGAGUGAGUGAAGGGCGGAGACAGUUGAUGUUUCGUAGAUGGAAGUAUGCAGACCGGGUGAUGUUAUUGAUGUGGGAGUGGAAAGAUAGUGAGCUGUCGAGGAUGACACCCAGGCUCUUAACCUGAGGGGAAGGGGACACUGUGGAGUUAUCUAUGGUGAGGGAGAAACUGUUAGUUUUGGAGAGAGUGGACUUAGUACCGACCAGGAGGAGUUCUGUUUUAUCGGGGUUGAGUUUGAGGAAGUUUGAUGUGAACCAGGAUUUAAUUUCUGAGAGGCAGUGGGUGAGGGAGGAGGGUGGGAGAGAGGCGUCGGGUUUGCUGGAGAGGUAGAGCUGGGUGUCAUCCGCGAAACAAUGAAAGUGGAUGCCAUAUUUGCGAAAGAUGCUGCCGAGGGGAAGGAGAUAAAUAAUGAAGAGGAGGGGCCCCAGGACAGAACCCUGGGGCACACCUGAAGUGACAGGGGAGGGCUGUGAGGUGAAUGAUUUGAGUUGGAUGAACUGAGUGCGGCUAGUGAGGUAUGAGUGGAACCAGAGAAGGGGGGUGUGAGAAAUGCCUAUGGAGGAGAGUCUAUGGAGGAGGAUGUGAUGAGAGAUGGUAUCAAAGGCCGCACUCAGAUCAAGGAGGAUGAGGAUGGAGAUUAGACCGGAGUCAGCUGCCAUGAGGAGGUCGUUGAUGAUCUUGAUGAGGGCUGUUUCAGUGCUAUGGAGGGGGCGGAAACCGGACUGGAACUGUUCGUACAGGCUAUUGUGGGUGAGGUGGGUGUGGAGUUGAGAGGCAACUGUUUUUUCUAAAAUUUUGGAGAUGAAGGGGAGGUGGGAAAUGGGGCGGAGGUUAUUGAAGUCGUUGGGGUCUGAACCAGGUUUUUUCAGGGUAGGACUGAUGGCUGCAGUUUUGAAGGGGGUGGGAACAGUUCCAGUCAACAGUGAGGAGUGGAUGAUGACUGAGAUGAGGGGGAGUAGAGAGGGUAGACAGGAUUUGACCAGGGAAGUGGGGAGGGGGUCCAGUUGGCAGGAUGAGGGUUUGGAUUUGGUAAUGAGAUCAGCGAUUUCUGAGGGAUUAGGGAGUAGAAAGGUGGAAAAAGGUUGUAAAGGAGGGAGAGGUUCAGAUGAGGGAAGUGGUGGGGAUGUGGAGCCCAGGUUCUGAUGGAUUUUAGUGAUUUUGCUAUUGAAGAAACUGAGGAGGGAGUCGCAGGUGUCUGAGGAAUACAUGUGGGGAGGAAAGCAGUCCGGGGGUUGAGUGAUAUGGUUGUAGACAGAGAAAAGAGAUUUGGUAUUUCCAGCAUUGGAGCAGAUAAGUCCAGAAUAGUACUGUGAUUUUGCAUGGGAGAUGGAGUCCUUGUAGUGGGAUAGCUGAGUUAUUAAGAUGUCUUUGUGGAUGGUAAGGCCGGUUUUCCUGUAAAGUCUUUCUAGCUGUCGAUUUUUGGAUUUCAUGGAACGGAGAUGGGGGGUGAACCAAGGUGCGGACCAGGUAAAGGAGACAGAGUGGGAUUUGACAGGAGCAAGGGAGUUGAGUAUGUUGGACAGUCCAUUGUUGUAUUGUAUGACGAGAUCAUCAGGGGCGGAGGUGGGGUUCAGGGUGAGGGUAGUGAUGGAGGAGGAGAGGGAGUCCAGGUUAAUAUUCUUAAUGUUGCGGUAUGAGAUGAUGCGGGGGGGUUUUGGGAUGGAGAGCUGGAGAGUGGUGUUAAAUGAGAGGAGGGAGUGGUCUGUAAUGUGCAAUGUGUCGGCGGUACAGUUGGAGGGGGUGAGACCUGAGCAGCAAAUUAAAUCUAUUGUAUGGCCUUUGAUGUGUGUGGGGAAAUCUGCAAAUUGUUCAAAACCAAAGCUGUCGAGUAGUGAGGAGAAGUCCAUGGUAAGGGGUAGGGUAGUAUUGUCCAUGUGUAUAUUGAAGUCACCAAGCAGAAUUAUGUUGGGUGAGAGAGUGGCGAGGUGAUUAAGGAGGACAGAGAAUUCAUUUAAAAAGUCACUGUGAGGUUUGGGAGGACGGUAUAUUGUGGCAAUGAUUGUGGGGACAUGUCCAGGUAGCUGACACGCCAGGCAUUCAAGUGAGGAGAGAGGAGGCAGAGAGACAGGUAGGACCUUCCACUUCUCGCGGUAGAGUAUCGCGAGACCUCCCCCACGACCCGACUCGCGAGGUUUGGAGAUGUAAACAAACCCCGCCGGAGAGGAGUCGUUCAGCUGGGAAAAAUCACCGGGGACUUGCCACGUCUCAUUUAGGCAAAAGAAGUCAAGCUUACGGUCAAUGAGGAUAUCAUGAAUGAGGUGUCCUUUACCGGAGAGGGAUCUGAUGUUAAGCAGACCGAAGUUGACGUUCGUGGUGUUGUGGGGAGCUAGCCAGGUCGGCUAGCACCCUGUGGUCCACAGACCGGCUGGUGUUUCUCUGUGGGCGACGAGUGGAGGACCAGAAAGAUGUAAUCUCGUUGGAGCUGCCAGAAUGGAGAGUCCGCCGAGACCCACGGUGGAUGUACCUCGGACGAGGCAGGAGGGCGAUGUCCGGGUGGAGGUGAAGAGCUGCCGGUGGAGAUCCAGGCUUCUGGGAGCGGAGCCUGAGGAACUCUGCCGCUGAGUAUUGGAACAGACCUUCCACGGAUAGAUGGAGGAGCGACAGGGCAGUCCACACCACGACAGCCAGAGUAGCCGGUCCAUAGAACCUACUGGUCCACAUGGUGUAGUGUGGCGGAGAGGAUGAGACGCGGAGCCGGGUCGAGCAGGCAGGCUAGGAUCAGCUUACCCGUCAAGACACAGAAGGCGGUGAGAGCUCCGGUAGCAAAGUCUGGUGUGUAGGGUAAGAGUCCCAGGGAGAACAGCAUUUGUUGAUGGCUGGUCUCCAGAGCACGGAAGAGUGCUAAAAAAGUUAAAAGUUUACCGGAGAGCAGCGGCAGCCAAACGCGCCAGCGUCCACUCGAACCGGAAGUUCUGUGCUGUUUUAGUAAUGCUGGCUAACUUUAAAGGUGAACGAGGCAGAUUUUUUACUGUGGCACAGGUUUAAACCUUGACUCUACAAGAGAAAUGUGGAAAUAAAGCAGCUUGGACCCCAUCAGCUACAGGAUAUUAUUAUAUUAUUGUCACUCAAACUGCCUAUAAGACAAACCACAGAUUUACUGGGAGUGGUCCUCCAAGAAAAAGUGGCUAACUGUCAGCAGAGAAUAUUUUUUUUUCCCAUGUUUGUUGUUUAGAGGAGAAGGUACUUGGUCCAGACGGGGACUGAAGGAUUUGUGGGACUGUGUUAAAUCCCAAAUUCUCACCUCACCAUCUCCAUACCUGACUCCCCUGUCACUCAAGGCCAAACCACACCCCCAACACCAUAAAAGCCAGCCCUCAGGCCUGCUCUCCCUUUUGCAUCCUGAACAAGAGCAGCACUGAACAAAGGGAGUCUGAAUGUGAGUGUGAAACGGACAAAGCCUUAACAAAUGUUGUUGUAUUCUCCUUAUUUGUAUUAUUUCUAAUAUGGUUUAUUCCCAAAUAUUAUUUCUUUAGAUUCCUGUCACCCUAAAACGCAUAUGUAUUGAUUUAAAGCCCUGAAGUGGAUGCAUCUAUGAUGUAAGAUUAGUUAUCCAAUUUACAAUUCAUUUAACUUUAUCAGUCCCCCCUUUUUUGUAAUAUUUUAUGUUGAUACAUCUUGUUUCUAUUCCUUUUGAUUGUACAGAAAAAAUCAUCCACUGAAGACGAGCAAAUAAACCGUCAAACUGAAUCCUGGAUCCUGUGUUUUAAUGUGCACUCAAUAUAGGAUGUUCGAUGAGCAAGCAUCAGCAACAUCAUAAUCUUUUACAUGGUGCUUCGAGCCGGAGAGAACAUCUAUAUUGAAAAUGGAUCCAAAUUCAGUUUGGCAUGAUGGCAGUCAGGCCGGAGGAAGGCCACAAAGAGAGAGAAUGCCUCCCAGGUAUCUUCGGGACUACCAAACCGAACUUUAUGGCCAGCCUCCCAAACAUUUUAGUCAAUGUGCAGAACCUGCUGCAGAAACCUCAGAGACUGUUUUAUUGAGACAAGAAGUGGCACAGUUAAAGAGUAUGAUAAAGGACUUACAUGGGAGAGUCGAACAGUAUGAACAUGGCUACUCAGAAGGAGAUUCUGAAGAGGAGUGUCACCCCCGAACAACUCAAUCAUCGCCAAAUCAACCAGUAAAUUCCGUCCCAGCCCCACAGUGUGAAAAGUCCAUGUCUGAACCCAACCUAACAGAAUCAGUGCUUGCAUUGCAACCUGGUAAAAUGUCUCAGUCUGUUCAGACCCUUUUCCCAUAUGCUCCCACACUCUCUGCAGCACAAGGUGAACCGAAGAGACCUGCUCCUGUUCCACAAUUAAGAAAUGAGUCCCCAAUCCAAGUACCAUCAGGUCCACUUCUUCCAUCAGCCUCCCUAACUAAUGUGCCAUUCCGGCAAGCUUAUUCCAACCCUGAACCUCAAAGAUUUGCCCCUGCAGUGUCACAUUCUGGGCCUUUCAUACCCACAACUGCUAGUCUGCCUCCUACUGACCCUCCUUUUACCAGGCCAGUAGUCAACCCUCCCUUAACAUUAACAGCACAGCCUAUGCAAAUACCACUCAAUGUUAAUGUUACACAGCCAUCUUAUGGCCCUCAUAGCCAAAUACAAUCAACCCAGAGGCCUCCACUCCAGCUGUAUACCAUUCAUCCAACGCCUAUACCUCCACCUCAAGUCUCAACCAACCCUCAGCCAUCUGCUCACCAUCCAAGUCCUGUAGCUCCAUAUCAGUAUCAACAUUUCCCUCAACCUGUGCAGCAGCUCCAUACCCAAUAUCUUGCACCUCAGCCAGCCCCAAUCACUGGUGCCCCACAAGCUCUAGGAGCCCCCCUCAACUCAAGCUACUCCAUACCUAUGGCCUCUGCACAACAAAUCCGAUACACUUCACGUGUUGAAGGUCCAUCCUUCCCUUGUUUCACCCAAAAUGACCCCCAGGAAUUCUUAAUGUUAAAGAUGGCCUUGAAAAACCUUCUUCCUGUAGAAGAACCUGAAUUAUUUAAGUUCCAUAUCCUUUUGGAUCAUCUUCACCUCCCUUCAGCCAGACAUAUUGCCCUGUCUUAUGCUCACCACCCACAGCCCUUUACAGCAGCAAUGGCAGCACUGGAACGACAGUAUGGUCAACCACAUCAACUGGCUUUAAAGGAGAUCCAGACCAUACUCAACCUCCCCAAAGUGGCCCGUGGAGACGCUGAAGGAUUCCAAAACUUUGCAGUCAAAGUUAGGUCAUUAGUAGGGCUGUUGCAAUCACUCAAUUCAGCAGAAAGUGCAGCAGAAUUAGCAUGUGCCUCCCAUGUCCAGAGAUUAUUAAAUAAACUUCCCGUAGAGCUAGUAUCAAACUUUGCAAGACACGCCCGCGCAGUUUCCCCAACCUCUCAUUACAAUCUAGUGGAAUUUUCAGUAUGGCUUGAGGGAGAGGCAGAAUGUCAAGCCGUGGUAGCACAAGCCAGCAGUCUUCAAAUCAGCACACCUCAAACUUAUAGAAAGGAGUCAAGCUACAGACCCAAGCAUCCUACCACCAUCCUCCAUGGAUCCGACCGGAGGUUCACUCACCGCCCAAGUGCUUCUGGUUACCAACAACAGCCUGAAAGAAGGUACCCAUGUGCAUUUUGCCAAUCUACCUCCCACUACCUAACAAACUGUGAAAGUCUGAAAGAACUAGGACCCGAGAAAGUGUCAAAGUGGCUAAAGGAAGAAAAUAGAUGUUGGAAAUGUGGAAGAACCCAUAAAGCAGCUAAUUGCACUCUAAAAAAACCCUGUCCCAAAUGUAAUGGCCUUCAUCUAGGUGUACUACAUAAUGUAAAUAAAACCCAGACAGCAUCCAGAGUGUUGUAUCUGAACCCACGAAGCCUAACAUCCAAAGUGCUGCUAAAAGUAGUAAAAGUAAGUCUUCACCAUAACAAUAGAGUCUUUGAGACACAUGCCAUCUUAGAUGAUGGAUCUGAGCGUACAAUGCUACUACCAGGUGCUGCAGAGUACCUUGGGCUGGAUGGUGAACCAGAAAACCUCGAGCUGCGAACAGUGAGGCAGCAAACAGAAACUUUGAACGGGAAAACUGUUAACCUUAAAAUCUCUGCUGCAUCAAGCCCUGAGAAAAAAUUCUCAGUUGACAGAGCCUUCACCUCCGACAUGAUAAUGCUUGUUGAGCAAAGUUACCCUGUGGAUAAACUCAAGCAACGCUAUCCCUAUUUGCAAGGUCUCCCACUAAGCUCCUUCUCCGAAGUCCAGCCACACAUCCUCAUCGGAUCUGACAAUCCUUUCCUGAUUACACCUAUAGAGAGAGUUCAAUAUGGACCAAAGGGAGCUCCAGCAGCAGUAAGAACACGCCUGGGAUGGGCCCUUCAAGGACCAACCUUCCUUGGUGAGUCAUCAUCUGCUACCCAGUGCUUUUUAACAUCACCGGUUAACCCCUACUCAGAACUUAAACACCAUGUAGAGCAACUGUGGCAAACCGAUAUCCUCCCCUUCAGAAACGAAAAAUUAAUCACAAGGUCAAAACAAGAUAGAGACGCCAUAGACCUCCUGGAUAAUAAAACUGUGAGAGUUGAAACAGAUCGUACCAAACGCUAUGCAACCCCUUCACAGAGAAAAAAGGAUGCACCUGAACUAAAAGCCCCAGCAGAAUCUGUUAUGCCCCUUCUCCGUCGAUCUGAACGCAAACUCCAAAACAAUCCGGAAUUGGCAGACAUAUGCAAUAAUGAAAUCAGUAAACUAAAACAAGCUAAUUAUGCGAAAACCUCAAACCUGAACAAGUCUCUCAGACAGAAGAAUCAAAGUAUACCCCUCAUCACCUUGUGGAGCAUAAUGGCAAUCAUCAUGUUGUCUUCAACUGCUCUGAGAGAGAUUGUUGGAAGCCAAACCGUUCCAGAGGAAGUACUGCAUACAGUGCAGGUUGAAAUUGAAGGUAUAAUCAACUCCAAACCAACCGGAUAUGCUUCAUCUGAUAUAGCAGAUCCUGACCCCAUCACACCAAACCUUCUCCUAAUGGGGCGGCGAGAUGCCUCUCUUCCACAGGCUGUCUAUGCUGAACCCAACUUACUUGGAAAGAGAAAAUGGAGGCAUAGUCGGAUCCUAACUGAUCGAUUCUGGUCCUGCUUCAUCAGAAAUUACCUUCCAAGCUUGCAGGUGCGAAAUAAAUGGCAAAAAGACACACCAGGCCUGACAGAGGGAACAGUGGUACUCUUAAUGGAUCCCCAAGUACCAAGAGGACAGUGGCAUGUUGGGAAGGUGUCUCGUCUCUUCCCCAGUGAUGAUGGAAGGAUUAGGACUGUGGAAGUGACAUCUAACCAACGAAAGUUCAUCCGCCCUGUUGCCCGACUAGUUAUCCUUUCACCUUUUAAAGCCGACACCCAGAAUUGACUUGUGAUUUAUUGAUUCAAAUAUACUAUUUGAAGGGGCGGCUGUUAAAUCCCAAAUUCUCACCUCACCAUCUCCAUACCUGACUCCCCUGUCACUCAAGGCCAAACCACACCCCCAACACCAUAAAAGCCAGCCCUCAGGCCUGCUCUCCCUUUUGCAUCCUGAACAAGAGCAGCACUGAACAAAGGGAGUCUGAAUGUGAGUGUGAAACGGACAAAGCCUUAACAAAUGUUGUUGUAUUCUCCUUAUUUGUAUUAUUUCUAAUAUGGUUUAUUCCCAAAUAUUAUUUCUUUAGAUUCCUGUCACCCUAAAACGCAUAUGUAUUGAUUUAAAGCCCUGAAGUGGAUGCAUCUAUGAUGUAAGAUUAGUUAUCCAAUUUACAAUUCAUUUAACUUUAUCAGUCCCCCCUUUUUUGUAAUAUUUUAUGUUGAUACAUCUUGUUUCUAUUCCUUUUGAUUGUACAGAAAAAAUCAUCCACUGAAGACGAGCAAAUAAACCGUCAAACUGAAUCCUGGAUCCUGUGUUUUAAUGUGCACUCAAUAUAGGAUGUUCGAUGAGCAAGCAUCAGCAACAUCAUAAUCUUUUACAGACUGUGUGAUUUCUGAAAGAUUGUUGACAUUGAAGGAAUUCAUGAGUUUAGUUUACUAAAGUGGUGUAAGCUUUUUUGAUGCAAGGCGGCAUAACCUAAGGGAAGCUCUGUGUCCUACUGGUAAGCUGUGCAGUUAUUGGGAGACUUAUUUUGAAAGGGGACUGUGCUUCCUGUUUUUGUAAAUAUAAGUAGAAUGGCUUCUGUCUGUCUCAGAGAUCUUUUUAGCUUUUAUUGUGCUGGGACGUUAUUGUGUCAACAGAUGAAAGGCACUGCCGACACAGAACAGGUGCUUGGUGACGUCAUCCUUUCUGUAACCGAAACAAUUACCGAUAAGUGACGUUGCUGUUCUGUUUGUCAACAAGUAUUGAUCUUCAAAGGUCAGUGACGUUGCUGUUCUUUUUGUCAACAGGUUUUGAUCUUCAAAGGUCAGUGACGUUGCUGUUCUUUUUGUCAACAGGUUUUGAUCUUCAAAGGUCAGUGACGUUGCUGUUCUUUUUGUCAACAGGUUUUGAUCUUCGGUGGUUUUCUCUUGUUCGUUUCUCAUGUUGAAGAAGAAGAAGAAGGUGAACUAACCUGCUCUCUUCAGUUUGAUUUCAGGCAUUAAAAUCACACUCAGCAGUUUUCUUUGCCGUUGGAGCUCCUCUUCAUACACAGAUGUUGCUGAUCGUCCUGAGAGGUCUCCGUUAACAGCAGCGAGCAGCCGCCGGCUGAAGAAAUCUUCAAGAUCCUGAAACCUGGACAUUUUCUACCGACCCAAGAGUCAAACAGAGACAAGACAACUGCAGAUGGACGCCUUAACUCGGGUUAUUCUGAUCCGGGGUCUUCAGGAAACUUCCCUCGUGGUUCUUCUUCUCUCUCUUUUGUUCGUAAGGGCGGUUGGCAACCAGGUCGAAGGUGCAUUACCGCCACCUACUGGGCUGGAGUGUGACUGAGCAUUCGAUUGGCAGACAGAUUCAAGUCAAAAUCAAUCAAUCAAUCAGUCUUUAUUUGUAUCGCACUUUUCAUACAAAAAGAUGAAGCACAAAGUGUUUUACAUAGUAGAGAAAUAAAAGAAACAAAGAAAACCUGAAUCUACCCCAACCCAACCCCUCAUUCCCACCCCGCAAUCUCAGCUCAAUAGAAACAUGUAUAAAAAUGCAUGAACUUAAAAAGGGUUCGAUUCAUAUAAACAGGAAUGUGCGCACUGAGGAAACACCGUUUUAAAAUUCAAGGUAAAGAAACACUUGAGGUUUAAAAUCUAAAAACAAAGUAACAUAAAAUGAAAUUUAAGAAUUAUUAAAUAAAAUGAAAUAAAAACAAAAGUAAAAGAUACGACAAUAAUAACACCAAAAUAUCUUAAUCAAAGAUGAUUCUGUCAUUAAAACUAGAGGAGAUAAAUGUUAAAACACUUCAACAAAGUUAAUGAUAUAAAAUUAAGAUAUUAAAUUUAGUUGAAAGAAAGACUAAAAAGGUUUGUUUUCAGUUUGCUUUUAAAAUCAUUAAGAUUAGGUGUAGUCCUCAGGUCAUCAGGCAAGCUGUUCCACAGACGGGGGCCACAGGAAUAAAAAGAUGCCUCACCGUAUGUCAAGUCAAGUCAAGUCAAGUCAAGUUUAUUUGUAUAGCACAUUUCAGCAGCAGGGCAAUUCAAGGUGCUGUAGCAAUCAAGACAACCCUGGGUGUGAAACCCACACAUUCCUCAGAGGAAAGUUUCCUUAUCUGGUCCCAGGAAACGGGAUAUAAAUCUUUCCAGACUCGUUCAAGAGUACCCAGAUGCAGCGCCAAGAUGGCGGACCCAAAGAUAGAAAACCACAUUUACAAAACGCAAUAAGUUUCCGCAUUACCUCCGAUUGGCGGACCCAAAACAUGAACUUUGAACUUCUGCUUUGCGAUGCCAGAACAGUAGGUGGCGGUAUGUACCUACACUUUCUGACGACAAAAUUUACAGAAGAAGAAGAACUCUCAGGAAGUUUGAAAAGAAGCAAGCCGUCCGCAUUCAUUCAAUCUCACAUCCGACCACUCAAACUAACCCUAACCCUGCAUUCCAUUGUUUCCAUCAUGGGAAAUCUAAGUGACGCUCUCAAAUUAACAGGAACAUUGCGCAGAAGAUAUGUCCUGGGCAAUGGACUGAGAAAACGGGCAGAGAUUUGGAGGUAUUUGUGCAUGCUCUAUAUUACAGUUGAAAAGUGUAUAACAGCUUUCCAAUGCUGUUACUUGUGGCGAACACCUUUUUGCUUGAGUUGAUGCGUGCCCGCAGGUGGAAUAAUGUCACAUGUCACACACAUUUUCUGUUGUUUUGAUUUAUUUACUCAUUCAUCAUUUUAUGUGCGCACCUCUCCUAAUCAACCCACCCAUUAAAUAGACAGGCACAAUAGCACCAUCUGCUGGCACAAAAAAUACAUAACAAUAAACUGCAAAACCCCAAUCUGGCUCCUACAAAGUGUAUGUGACAAGAUGAUUAACGUUUGCUUUUGUUAAAUCAGGGCUUCCCCAGCCAGGACUUCGGCUCAGACUGUGGCAUAUUCAUGUUGAUGGUAGGUCAUAACGAGCUGUAAUGCACAAAUAUUGUAUCUAGAAUAACUUUCCAACAUGGACUUUUUUAAAGUUAUCUCACAUGUUGUCUCAUAAUUUUUUUUUUAAAGUCUGCCAUGUACAUCGUUAUGGAGUCACAGUUUGACUACUCAGUUGUAAGUACUUUUCAACAUGCAGUGUCAUCCUCAAGAUUGUAUUUUGUAUUGUGCACUAAAAUGAAAUACAAACAACAAUUUCAGCAUGACAUGCCUGUUUGGCGGCGAUGGUGGUGCCUGUUGCUCCUGGAGAACAAUUCUUUGAACAGGUAGACAGUUUAAGUAAACUAGAUGUCCUAAUUAACUGGAAGACAAUCAAUAUAUUGUACUUAAAGACAUAUUGUCAUUACAGUUGUGGGAAAAUCUUCGCCCACUGGACCAAAGAAUGUCAAGAGCUCAUUGCUGGAAAGCAUACUCCGGUCUUCAGUCUAAAGAGGAAGGCAGAGCAGCAGGACAUAGAGGUUAGAAAAUUGCCUUGUAAAAACAGUAUUAUCUCAGUGGGAGUCCUUCAAAAUGCACACAGUUGUAUGGAUCAACAUUGUCUCGAUGUAUUUGGUAAUUGAUGUUACUUUUCAAAUUGCCUUGUCAAGGAAACCAUGACGCAGACGGUAUCGGAUGUCCAAAGAAUGUGCAUGGCAGAUUCAAUGCAAUUCUGUGUCUACCAGACAUCGAACAACACAGGAGAGAGGUGUGUUGCAGACUCAAUUUAAUAAAUGCAAUGCAUCGGGGCCUAUUCAGUGAUUUUCCAUGAAGUGACCACUUUUACAUAUAGUUUAAAUGCACGAAUCAUGCAGGAAAAUUAUUUAUACAUUCAAAUGUGCUGCAGAGGUAUAAUCAAUUGGACAGCGUGUUUGUUUAAUAUUAUGUUUGUCUCUCAUUUGAUCAGAUUGCUUUACCCUGAGAGAAACGUCAUAAAAUGGGUCCAGUGCAAGACGUGCAGGGGCUGGCUGCAUCAGGAUUGUGCUGGGAUUGAAAUGGAGCCGUUUGACUGCGGGUGCGAGGACUCCAUUGAGCAUCCUCGGUAUAACAUAAUUUAUCAAGGAAACAUAGUAUCAGUCAAAAAUACGAGGCUCAAAGGAUGAAAAAAUGAGGGCUUGCUCUUUUCUUAUUUCUCUGCAGGAUCAAGGAUGCUGUUGACAGUUGAGGAAUUCAUGCUGUCUUUUCUAAGACACAGAUCAAGGUUGCUUUUGAAUGCACUAUCAGUUGUUAAAGCCACCGUUUCUUUUUCAGAUGAUUACAUUUUUGUCUCUUGCUCUUUGGUUUCAGACAUUACACGAUGAUCUACUGUCUGGAAAGAUCCGCUCCAACAGAAUGUUCCUUUGGAGGAAUCCCGCCACCUCACUCCGACUAAAGCAGCAUCUUAAGAUAAGGACACUAAGUUGGAGUGAGCAGCGCGUAAGUAAAAAUGCCAUCCAUCAUGAGUAUUUUUACUCUCAGGGGUGUUACAUUUGAAAGGUGUUUACUUUCUGUGUUUUUCUUCAAUAGAUGUUCGAGCUCCUGCGGUUCAUUGAGGUGGCAACAAACAUUUCUAAAAAAAUAAAGAGAGGCGAGAUUUAUCUGCUUGAUUUCGUUUUUGACGUCAUGCUCCCAGAGGUGAGUAGAUCAAACUAUAUAGCUUGCUUUGAAAAUUGAUGAUAUUGUUAAGAGGUUGUUCUUAUUCAUUUGGAAAGCUCAAGAACAACAAUUAACCCAUACUGCAUAACUUCAAUUGUUCACAUUAUUUGACUGUUUUUCAGCUUUUGAUCAAAGCACUGAAGGAGCAUGGCAUCAACCGGUUCAGAGCAGAGCUGAUGAUGGCCUGUGGCAACGUGUUUUAAGCCCCCCACCACACCGACGGCAGUGCUGAAUUUUGUAUAUAUAUAUAUAUUUUUUUACUGUUCACAAUUUUGUUUGGAAAAAAUUAAAGAAAUCUUCAAAGCAGUUGUAUGACAAUUUCCCAUUUCUUUACACAGUCUGUAAUGAUAUCGCUAUUCAAUUGUUUUUGCUAUAUGGCUCUUCUGAACCUUAAAGAGAUCAUGUGACUUGUCUCUACAACUAUUGUAUACUUGGAUUUUGCACAGUCAAGCAAUCCUGAAGAGGUUCACCAGGAAGCACACCAUUUCAUAAAUGAUGUCCCUGGUUACACAAUGUUACUAAAGGAUGGGGGGAGUUAAUUUGUGCAGCAACAUAAGCACUCUCAUAAAACAUAAUUAUGAACAACAGAAAAUAUGUGAGGGUCAGGGCAACAUUGUUGACAUUAAACGAGGUCCUAAUAGGAGUGGAGAAACAAGGUCACAGAGAAGUUAAGAAACAUUGAUGUGCUGUGUAAUAAAGCUAUUGGAGAGAAAAGUUAGAAAACACUGUUGUAUGAUGUGUAACGAGAGGUUAAAACAGUCCAUACUUGUAGCAAACUCUUACAAAAGAAUUUGAGUAAGAUGAUAACUUCUACAUACAUUUACCUAUUCUGACAAAUUAUCAGAAUAUGAGGACAUCAGGCUAUAUAUACAUAUUACUGUAAACUUCAGAAUUAAAUCAGAACAAAACAGUAGUCAUAGUUAAUACAUAAACGUUUUAUUUUGAUUUUUAGCUCAAUAAUAAAUUUAAUUCGAUUCUUAUGGAAUGAACGGAGCAAAAAAAAAAGGAUCCGGCGACUAAAUCCGACUACCUGAAGUAUUUCGGCGCCGGAAGUCCGCCAACGAGAAAGUCUUUCCACCGGAAGUAAUUGUUUUGGGUCCGCCAAUCGGAGGUAAUGCGGAAACUUAUUGCGUUUUGUAAAUGUGGUUUUCUAUCUUUGGGUCCGCCAUCUUGCGCUGCAUCUGGUCACCUCUCGACUCGUUUACACUUUCAGGUUAAAUAAGUGACCCAACCGGAGGUUGACCAAACUUCUGACUCUUCACGAUUGGUCAAUUCGGAGAACAGAGACAGAGUUUUUAUUACCUUUUAAACUGACUCCAUCACUGACCAUCUAAAUAAACAUUAACGUCUCAACCCAGAUCUCCCAUUUGAGAUUUAGCGUCUUAAAGUGUGUGAACGUACGGACCCCAGGAAAAGGGGGGGACACUGACCUCCAGACCUCGUUCGUAAAACCCUGCUCGACCAUACACUGAUAAAGACUACAUUCCUUUGGUGAAAGAAUACAAAUGACUGAUCCUGACAUCUUAUGCAUUCAGCAAUGUACUAAUCUGUCUAAUCAUGAAAUUUGUGUUAAAAUGAGAUGUUUCCCAUUUUUCUAUGUGCUACAGAAGCAGAGUUAGCUCUGUGACAGAAUAAAUCCUUUAUUCUUUAGUUUCUUUAGACCAACAGCUUUUCAGACUGUUUCAUGAACUUUUAAGAGUUAAAUUUAUUGACUAUGAAUCCUAAGUUUACUCUAAGUAACAGAAACAGUUUAGAAAUGUUUGGUUUAUAUUGUAGUUGUUUAUUUAGUAUUUUUAACCAUUAGGUGGUUAUAAUGUCAUUGAAUAACCUGAAUGUGAGUAUUUAGAAUCCAUUAUUAAUCAUGAUGAAGUUCAUUCACAUGUGUUUACUCUUUUGUUGUUCACAGUUUCCAUGUGUUACUAUCUGUUUCAUUUCAGAGUAAUUUAGCAUGUUCAAUGUGAUACUUAAAACAUAAUGAGAAUGUUUGAUGUGAUCCUACACUUCAUUCAUAUGUGUUUAGUGUCAAAUUAUUUAUCAUGAAACCUAGCAUUCAAUGAUAUUAAUCAUAGUGAGUGAGUAUCAGAUCUGACUCUUUUACCAGCCAAAAGAAUAAGUUAGAUCGAAUAAUCAAAGACCACACGACCCUCCUCUGUCUCCUCACACACGCGCCGGAGCCACUCCCAGUGUGAGAAGAUAAAACCAGUGAAGUGGGGUUGCUCUCAUUCUCUUAUUCCUUCCUUUCUUGUACCUACUCUUCUGCCCACACCCUUCUGUGGUGCGUUUCUUUGUUUUCUCUUAGAACUUUUUCUUAGUCUACUAAGUUUUACGCCACGUGUUGAUUCACGUUGAAUUUUCUUUAACAUCGUCUUAGUUCAAGUUUUGAAACUUCAACUUUUUGUGCACAUAGCAAUUCAAGAUUAAGCCUUUGAUUGAUUUUUCUUUAAUUUCGCGAAGCCAUUUUUGAAAGUUUUCUCUGCUCUUCGAGCCUCGUUUUUCUGAGUUUUCUGCGUGAUUUCAAAGUCACCUCUGAACGCAACUCAGCAGGCCCAGGUCAUCCUCUGUGCCAGAGUUUUUGAGUGAGACCAAAGAAGUACCCAAACGAGCAUCCACAGGAUCCACAGGCGCUGGCUUUGCUUCGGGCCCGAGUGCUGCAACUCCUGGCUCAUCCUUCGGCUGACUUCAGUCGUCUUCUGAGUUGAACCGCUCGAACCGCCAGUAGCCCCGGACCUUCGGAACCUGCUCCAUCUUCUUUGGUGCGGCCUUGUGAGGCUCAUUUCAAAUCGCUACAUAUAUUUUGGUGCGACCGUGUGAGGCUCAUUUAAAUCACUACAGUGCUUUACAUGAAACAAGCAGGCAAAACAUUCAACACAAUUUAAAAAGUAAAAACAGCGUAAAAGACAUUUAACAGAUUAAAAGUUACAUUCAAAGCUAAAAUAAGAUUGGAGAUAAAAGAAAACAAAGGUUAGAUUGGAGAGAUAGAAAAAAAAAGAUCAAGACAGGCAGAUGAUGAAGAUGUUGAUUAAAGGCCUCAGGUUUGAUUUAAUGAUAGGCCACAGCAAACAUAUGCGUUUUCAGCUGUGAUUUAAAAGAGCUGAGAGUUUCAGCAGACCUACAGUUUUCAGGGAGUUUGUUCCAGACAUGAGGAGCAUAAAAACUAAAAGCUGCUUCUCCACGUUUAGUUCUGACUCUGGGGACAGAGAGCAGACCUGCUCCUGAUGAUCUGAGCGGUCUGGAUGGUUCGUAACGUAUCAGCAUAUCAGAAAUGUAUUUUGGUCCUGAUCCAUUCAGUGCUUUAUAAACCAGCAAUAGUAUCUUAAAAUCAAUUCUUUGACAGACGGGAAGCCAGUGUAAAGAUCUGAGAACUGGGGUGAUAUGAUCUACUUUCUUGGUCUUAGUGAGGACUCGAGCAGCAGCAUUCUGAAUCAGUUGGAGCUGUCUGAUGGAUUUUUUGGGGAGACCUGUGAAGACACUGUUACAGUAGUCAAGUCUGCUGAAGAUAAAUGCAUGGACAAGCUUUUCCAAAUCCUGCUGGGUCAUCAGUCCUUUGACCCUGGAUAUAUUCUUCAGGUGAUAGUAGGCUGACUUUGUAAUUGUCUUUAUGUGGCUGUUAAGAUUCAGGUCUGAGUCCAUGACAACACCAAGGUUUCUGGCUUGGUUUGUGCUUUUUAACAUUAUCGAUUGAAGCUGAGCGCAGACUUUUAAUUGCUCGUCUUCUGCUCCAAAUACAAUUACUUCAGUUUUAUCUUUGUUUAGUUGAAGAAAAUUCUGACACAUCCAAUCGUUGAUUUGUUCAAUACACUGACUCAGUGUUUGUAUUGGAUUGUAGUCGCCUGGCGACAUGGUUAUGUAAAUCUGUGUGUCGUCUGCAUAAUUAUGGUAAGAUAUUUUGUUGUUUGCUAUGAUUUGAGUUAGAGGGAGCAUGUAAAUGUUGAACAGGAGUGGCCCCAGAAUGGAGCCUUGGGGAACCCCACAUGUCAUUUUUGUUCGCUCUGAUGUGUAAUUACCUAGAGACACAAAGUAGUCUCUAUCCUUUAAGUAGGAUGCAAACCAGUUUAGUACUGUUCCAGAAAGUCCCACCCAGUUUUCCAGUCGAUCGAGUAGGAUGCUGUGGUCAACCGUGUCGAAAGCGGCACUGAGAUCGAGCAAUACUAGGACUGAAAUUUUGCCAUUGUCUGAGUUUAAGUGGAUGUCGUUAAAGACUUUGAUAAGAGCAGUCUCAGUGCUGUGAUGCAGUCGAAACCCUGACUGGAAAACGUCAAAACAAUUGUUUAGGACUAAGAAGUUGUGAAGCUGUUGGAAGGCUGCUUUUUCAAUGAUUUUGCUUAAAAACGGGAGGUUCGAUAUAGGCCUAUAAUUGUUCAUUACUGAGUUGUCUAGGUUGCUUUUUUUUAGGAGAGGCUUUAUGACAGCAGUUUUCAGGGCCUGUGGAAAGACACCUGACAGAAGUGACAUGUUGACAAUCUGUAGAAGAUCUGAGGCCAUGCAAUUAGAAACUGUUUUAAAGAAACCUGUUGGCAGAAUAUCAAGGCAGCAGGUGGAGGAGUUCAGAUUUAGUAUGAUGUCCUCCAGGGUUUUAAUGUUGAUCGGGUUGAAUUGUGUCAUGCUACUGGGGUUAGUACACAUGGACAACACAUAUCCUGUACCGGAUAUUGAGCUACUGACUGUUUGUCUAAUUUUCUGGAUUUUGUUAUUGAAGAAGGAGGCAAAUUCAUUACAAGCCUUGGCAGACAGAAAUUCAGAGGCUACUGAUACUGGAGGGUUUGUUAGCCUGUCGACUGUGGUAAAUAGGGCGCGUGCAUUAUUUUUGUUUUUGGUGAUGAUGUCUGAGAAGAAGGAUCGUCUAGCAUUUCUUAGUUCUAGGUUGAAGAUACGAAGUCUCUCUUUAUAGAUCUGAUAGUGAACCUGAAGGCUUGUGUUUGGCCAUCUGCGUUCGGCUUUCCGACACUCUCUUUUUUCAGCUCUGACCAGCGCGGCAUUCCUCCAUGGAGAUCUUUUCUUGCCAGAGACUAUUUUCACCUUGGUGGGCGCAAUGGCAUCCAUCACAUUUGUGAUUCUAGAGCAAAGGUCUUCUACAAGCUCAUUGACCGAGAGCCGUGAGAGAGCUGGGAGAGGAGUCAAAGCCUGAUUAAAUAUUUCACUGGUGUAGUCAGUGAUAAGCCGCUUGGUGAUUACCUCUGUCUGAGCAGUGGUGAAUAACAUAGAGAUAGUACUCUCAAAAAACACACAGGAGUGAUCAGAAAUAGCAACAUCAGUAACCAUAAUUUUGGGUAUGUUCAGGCCCUUGGAAAUAAUUAAGUCUAGAGUGUGACCUCUAUUGUGUGUGGGCUCUGUUACAUGUUGGGUCAAACCAUAGUUAUCAAGGAGACAGCACAAUUCUUUGGUGCCUCUGUCCUGGGGGUUGUCAACGUGAAUGUUAAAAUCACCAACAAUCACUACACAGUCAAAGUCAAUACAGAUUAUAGACAGCAAUUCAGUAAAGUCAUCAAAGAAAUUCACACAGUAUUUAGGAGGUCUGUAGAUGUUAAGGAAUAUUGCUCUAGUAGCAGAGUUCAACUGGAAGGCCACAUAUUCAAAGGAAGGAAAAUUCCCGUAGUACAUCUGUUUACAUUGCAUUGAGUCCUUGAAUAGAAUAGCUACUCCACCUCCUUUUCUAUGCUUCCUCGUUUCACUCAUAAAGCUGAAGUUAGGGGGGGCUGACUCAAUAAGUACAGUUGCACUGUUAUCUUGUUCUAACCAGGUUUCAGUUAAAAACAUUAAGUUGAGAUUGUGCUUGAUGAUAAGAUCGUUGAUUAAGAAUGAUUUUCCAGCUAAAGAUCUGACAUUUAAAAGAGCUGAGUGUAGUGUGCUAGAGAAAUUUUCUGUACUGGUUUUCAUGAUGGGCUGACGGGGGAUGGAGACUAAGUUUGAUAAAUUCUUAGUUAGAUACCUUCUGUUUUUAGGCAGAUUAGUAUGUCUAUUACUUAUUAUGACUGGGAUUGGUGGCGUUAUCUCAUCGUUAUCUCAUCGUAUGUCUUGGCUACUCUCUGAACUGUAAAUAAAUUUAGACCUUUAGAUCCUGUCAAAGUUUCCGUUUCCUCUAAUAACACGGUGAGAAUCCUGAAACAAAAGCCACCAAGACUUCCUCUCCUGAAGGUUAUUUUAGCUUUCUCUGCUGCUGCUUUCAGUAUUUUCCUCUUGUCAUCAUACCUCCUGCAUUCAAUGAGAACACACUGUACUGAUGAAGCUUCACUUUCCCUCCAACCUGGUUCUGUAUGAUCUACCAACAGAGUGGAAACUCAAUGAGCUCAUUUCAUCGGAUACUUUGAAGAGAACGCUGAAAGACCUGGAGGCAGACACAUCCCAAUGAACACGCUUUGAUUCAUUCUUCAUUCUGGGUGAUCCUGAUGAACAGCUGCUGCUUCAGUUCUUGUGUGGAGGUUAUGGACUACAGAUAGUGUAUUGUGUUGUGUUGUAUGAGUAUGACUGUUUUGAUGUACAAAACCCAGUUCCAUUAAAGUUGGGAAAUUGUGAUAAACGUAAAUAAAAACAGAUGACAAUGAUUUGCAAAUCGUUUUCAACCUAUAUUCAAUUGAAUUCACUACAAAGAAAAGAUAUUAAAUGUUCAAACUCAUAAACCUUAAUUUUUGGGGGAAAUAAUAAUUAACUCAGAAUUUGAUGGCAGCAACACAGGGUCAUGUUUACCUCUGUGUUCCAUCACCUUUUAACAAACUCAGUAAAUGUUUGGGAACUGAGGAGACGAACUGUUGAAGCUUUGAAGGUGGAAUUCUUUCCCAUUCUUGGUUGAUGUUCAGCUUCAGUUGUUCAACAGUCCGGGGUCUCCGUUGUCGUAUUUUACAGUUCAUAAUGCGCCACUGCAGGCGAAAAAGGUUUAUUUUUCUACGUGUAAGCUAACAUGUGUGAGGUCAGAUACAUUCAACAAUUAAAUCCUGUGAUAUACCAUGUGAACUUUCUGAGUACAAUUAUGGCUAAAUCUUUUUCCACACUCAGAGCAGCUAAAAGGUUUCUCUACGGUGUGAACUACCAUGUGCAUGGCCAAGGACCUUCUAUCAAAAUAUCUUUUAUCUCACUUUGAUCAUCUGAAGGUUUCUCUUCCCUGUGAGACAACAUGUGUGCAGUCAUCUCUGUUUUUUGGGAAAACUUUUGACUGCACUCAGAGCAGCUGAAAAGUUUCUCUCCUGUGUGAACUAACAUGUGUCGUUUUAGAGCCUCUUGAACUUUGAAUCCUUUAUCGCACUCAGAGCAGCUAAAAGGUUUCUCCCCUGUGUGAAUUAACAUGUGUCGUUUUUGGGCCUCUUGAGAUUUGAAUCUUUUAUCACACUCAGAGCAGCUGAAAGGUUUCUCCCCAGUGUGAACUAACAUGUGUCUGGUCAGAUGCUGUUUUAGUGAAAAUCUUUUAUCACACUCAAAGCAGCUGAAAGGUCUCUUCCCUGUGUGAGUUAACAUGUGUUUGGCCAGAGACUUUUCAUCAAAAAAAUUUUUAUAACACUCUGAGCAGCAGAAAGGUCUCUCCCCUUUGUGAACUAAUUUGUGCCUGGUCAGAGUCUCUCUCCGUCUAAAUGUUUUACUACACUCAGAGCAGCUGAAAGGUUUCUCUCCUGAGUGAACUAUCAUGUGUCUUUUCAUAUGCCCUUGACAGUUGAAGCUUCUACCACAGUAAGAGCAGAUGAAAGGUUUCUCUCCUGUGUGAAUUAACAUGUGUCUGUUCAGAGUGUCGUGAUAGUUGAAUCCUUUACCACACUCAGAGCAGCUGAAAGGUUUUUUCCCUACGUGAGUUGACAUGUGUUUGGCCAGAGACGCCAUGUUGGAAUAUUUUUUAUCACACUUUGGGCAGCUGAAAGGUGUUUCCCCUGAGUGAAUUGGCUUGUGUCUGAUCAGAGCACAUUGACGGUUAAAUCUUUGACCGCACUCAGAGCAGCUGAAAGGUUUCUCUCCUGUGUGAACUAACAUGUGUCUGGUCAGAUGCUGUUUUAGUGAAAAUCUUUUACCGCACUCUGAGCAAGGAUGAGAUUUCUUGACAGUUUUCUGUCCUCUUCUUUUCAUUAAUUUCCCAGAGUUUAAUCCUGACUGAUCCUCUCUGGUCUCCUUCCAAUCAUCAUCAUCAUCAGUCUCAGAGGAGUCUUCUGACCUGUUAUCACUCACAGGAUUUGAGUUUCCAGCUGGUUCUGAAACUCCACAGAUUUCUCCAUCAUCUCCUGUUUCCAUCUUUUGAAUUGGUUUUGGGUGAAGCUGUGGAGGCUGAGGUUUUUCUUCAUCCUCUUCACUCUUCACAAUGGCAGCAGUGAAUGGGAACAUGGUGGCCUCAGCCUCCUCAAACCCUUGAAGCUGCUCUCCCUCCUGACUGCUCCAGGGUUCCUCCUCCUUAAUGUGCAUGUGCUCGGUGUCCUUUUGGUUUAGAUCAGGGCUCCACUCCUGGAGCUCAAGAGGUUCCUCUUUAAUCACUGACAGCUGCUGGACAUCUGCAGGAAACACCAAAGUACAGAAAGACACAUCAAGAUAAGCUUGGCAUCUAUGUUGGAGACAAACUUUGGAUAGAGAUUCUUGCUUUUAAUUUUCAAACUCCCCUACAAGUUAAAUUUAAUCAACUCCUAAACAGACCAACCAGAUUUUAUUUUGGUGUUUUAUUGAAGGAGAAGUUGUUUCAAGCACUCCCAAAAAACAGGCUAGAAACGCCUGCCCUGAAGCAUCACAUUCGGGUCAUACAGUUUGUGUCGGUCAGAGAAGAACCAACUGAUCAACUGGAGAAACUUUGUCAUCAUGGAUUUUUUUGCACUUUGACUUUGAACACCACACAUUGGAAAAACAAGUCAUUAUCACUUUUUUUUAUGAUGUUUUGGAAACAGCCAUAGUGAUGGUCAUUAGGAACAAGUGGGGCUUAGCCCCACCUCUUGUCAUAAAAAAACUAAAUGAAUCUGUUAUCAGCAGUUGUCAAAAAAAUGAUGAGACACGAUGAGGCCUAUUGCAUGAUAACUGCAGAGUCACCAUUUGCAUUUUCUUUUGGUUGCAAAUGCAAAUAUAUGUUUUUAAUGAUUGUAGAAGUCCUUCUCCUCCCGUUGGUGUCUGCAGAGAACUACAAUGGCUGCAGGGUCAAUGUUAGGCCAGCCACUCUCUCACAGCUGAGUGUGUAUUAUACAUGGGAAAAUUGAAAUGAACACUCUCAGAGUGUUUGUCUGUUUACUGUACAUCCGCCUAAAGAAUUAAACAUCAUGCCUUUUUAAAGACUUGAUUGGCUGAUAAUUCAAAGCAGUUUCGGUGAUUUGCUGCUGUCAUUCAAGCUGCUAAACUGCUAAAAGUCAGAAAACCAUUUCUGGACAGGAUACAGAAACUUUUAGUAAUGCUGGCUAACUUUAAAGGUGAACGAGGCAGAUUUUUAACUGUGGCACAGGUUUAAACCUUGACUCUACAAGAGAAAUGUGGAAAUAAAGCAGCUUGGACCCCAUCAGCUACAGGAUAUUAUUAUAUUAUUGUCACUCAAACUGCCUAUAAGACAAACCACAGAUUUACUGGGAGUGGUCCUCCAAGAAAAAGUGGCUAACUGUCAGCAGAGAAUAUUUUUUUUUCCCAUGUUUGUUGUUUAGAGGAGAAGGUACUUGGUCCAGACGGGGAUUGAAGGAUUUGUGGGACUGUGUGAUUUCUGAAAGAUUGUUGACAUUGAAGGAAUUCAUGAGUUUAGUUUGCUAAAGUGGUGUAAGCUUUUUUGAUGCAAGACGGCAUAACCUAAGGGAAGCUCUGUGUCCUACUGGUAAGCUGUGCAGUUAUUGGGAGACUUAUUUUGAAAGGGGACUGUGCUUCCUGUUAUUGUAAAUAUAAGUAGAAUGGCUUCUGUCUGUCUCAGAGAUCUUUUUAGCUUUUAUUGUGCUGGGACGUUAUUGUGGCAACAGAUGAAAGGCACUGCCGACACAGAACAGGUGCUUGGUGACGUCAUCCUUUCUGUAACCGAAAUAAUUACCGAUAAGUGACGUUGCUGUUCUGUUUGUCAACAAGUAUUGAUCUUCAAAGGUCAGUGACGUUGCUGUUCUUUUUGUUCUUUUUGUUGUUUCUCAUGUUGAGGAAGAAGAAGAAGGUGAACUAACCUGCUCUCUUCAGUUUGAUUUCAGGCAUUAAAAUCACACUCAGCAGUUUUCGUUGCCGUUGGAGCUCCUCUUCAUACACAGAUGUUGCUGAUCGUCCUGAGAGGUCUCCGUUAACAGCAGCGAGCAGCCGCCGGCUGAAGAAAUCUUCAAGAUCCUGAAACCUGGACAUUUUCUACCGACCCAAGAGUCAAACAGAGACAAGACAACUGCAGAUGGACGCCUUAACUCGGGUUAUUCUGAUCCGGGGUCUUCAGGAAACUUCCCUCGUGGUUCUUCUUCUCUCUCUUUUGUUCGUAAGGGCGGUUGGCAACCAGGUCGAAGGUGCAUUACCGCCAACUACUGGGCUGGAGUGUGACUGAGCAUUCGAUUGGCAGACAGAUUCAAGUCAAAAUCAAUCAGUCUUUAUUUGUAUCGCACUUUUCAUACAAACAGAUGAAGCACAAAGUGUUUUACAUAGUAGAGAAAUAAAAGAAACAAAAAAAACCUGAAUCUACCCCAACCCAACCCCUCAUUCCCACCCCGCAAUCUCAGCUCAAUAGAAACAUGUAUAAAAAUGCAUAAACUUAAAAAGGGUUCGAUUCAUAUAAACAGGAAUGUGCGCACUGAGGAAACACCGUUUUAAAAUUCAAGGUAAAGAAACACUUGAGGUUUAAAAUCUAAAAACAAAGUAACAUAAAAUGAAAUUUAAGAAUUAUUAAAUAAAAUGAAAUAAAAACAAGAGUAAAAGAUACGACAAUAAGAGCACCUCCGUUGUCGUAUUUUACACUUCAUAAUGCUCCACAUAUUUUCAAUGGGAGACAGGUCUGGGAUGCAGGCAGGCCAGUCGAGUACCCGCACUCUUUCACUAAGAAGCCACGCUGUUGUAACACGUGCAGAAUGUGGCUUGGCGUUGUCUUGCUGAAAUAUGCAGGGGCGUCCAUGAAAAAGACGUUGCUUGGAUGGCAGCAUACACUACCGGCCAAAAGUUUGAAAGCAUGGCCAUUCCAGGCCGAACAGUUGGGAGUUACUUCAAGUUUUUGUUCACAAUGAUUUUUUUAAAAUCCAGCAUGAGUUUGAUGUAUUUUGGGAUGUAUUUACUCCAUGAUCAGAUGUUGUUUCCAUGGAAAUGCACCAUUUUACUCCAUUUACCUUUAGAUAUACAUUGAUGUUAACAGACCAUUGCUAAAUAUAUGUCAGCAAAAAUAAUAAUAAGGGCUUAGUUUUAGGGUUGAAAACAUUUGCAAGAGUCACAACUUCAGUGCAAAAGCAAAAAAACAACAAAUCACAGUUGGAUUAUUCACUUCAACUUUUUGUCUUUUGAGAGUCUGCAGACAAAAAUCCUAAUAAAUCUAAACUGCGUUCAAACUACCGCAGAAAUGGCUAGAAAGAAGCAACUGAGUAAAGAAACAAAAGUACAGAUUUGUACAUCGAGGAAAGAAGGAUACACAGAAAGAGAAAAACGCCUAAAGGUGUUUAACAAAGGAGUCCACUACACUCUGAAGAGACUAGAGACUAGGGGCAGCAGCAGCUCAGGAGGUAGAGUGGUCGUCCAAUAACUGGAAGGUUGGCUGUUCGAUUCCCCCUAUCCCAAGUCUGUCUGUUGUAUCCUUGGGCAAGACACUUAACCCACCUUGCUCCCAGUGUGUGUCCUCCACUGGUGUAUGAUUGUGAGUGUUGUGUGGUGGUGGUCGGAGAGACCGUAGGCGCAAAAUGGCAGCCACGUUUCCGUCAGUCCGCCCCAGGGCAGCUGUGACUACUAAGGUAGUUUACCACCACCAAAGUGUGACUGUGUGAGUGAAUGAAUGAUGUAUCCGAUGUAAAGCGCUUUGAGGGUCUCUGUUAAAGCGCUAUAUGAAAUCUGAUGCAUUAUUAUUAUUAGAGGAACCUGGAAGUUAUGAUGAUAGAAAAAGACCUUGACGAAAGAGAGUUACUACAAAAGCAGAGGACAAACAGAGCAUUGUCACCAGGAAGAGAGAUCGGCGAAAGACAGCACCACAAAUAAGGGAGGAAAUCAACAUGACAAGGUCGAAACCCAUAUCUGUGACAACCGUGACGUUUGAGAAAGGCUGGUCUGAAGGGUUGUGUAUCUGCAAAAAAACACUACUUCAUCCACAGAACAAGAAAAAGAGACAUGAGUGGGCAAAAGCUCACAAAAAUUGGACUUAGGAUGACGAGAGACAAGUUCUCUGUAUCGAUGAAAGCAAAUUUGAACUGUUUGGUUCCAAACGCAGAGUCUAUGUCCGCAGACAAACUGGUGAACGUCUGAAAGCUCCAUGUGUUACACCCACAAUUCAGCAUGGAGGUGGUAGUUCCAUGGUAUGGGGAUGUUUAGCAGGUGAUGGAGUAGGAGAUUUGUUUGAAGUAAAGGGUAUCAUGAAGAAGGAACAGUACCACUCCAUCCUCCAGCACCAUGCUGCUCCAUCUGGACUCAGACUUGUGGUUCAUAAGUUUGUUUUGCAGUAAGACAAUGACCCUAAGCUCUCUGCCGAGCUCUGUCAGGGUUACCGAGACAAAAAAGAAGAGGAAGGUGUUCUUCAAAAGAUGGUUUGGCCCCCUCAGUCUCCAGACCUUUCUCCAAUUGAGCUUGUGCGGGAUGAAGCUUGGAAUGUAAUCCCUGGAACAGACCUUAGAAAACUUGUGGAACGAAUGCCUGGUAUAUGCCGAGCUGUUGUUAAAGCCAGAGGAGGUAACUUUAAAGAAAGCAAAGUCUAAGCAACAAUAACUCAAAUACCUCAUAAUUAUAGUCAAAAUGUCUUGUGAUGAGUUACUCUUUACACAAUAGUCAUGUUUAUUUUGUUGAAAAUUAUAUUUAUGAAACUAUGAUCUUUUUUUGUACAAAUCUGAUCUUGCUUCCAAACUUUUGGCCUGUAGUGUAUGUUGCUCCAAAACCUGUAUGUACCUUUCAGCCCAUGCCUUGGGCACUAAUGCACCCCCAUACCAUCACAGAUGCUGGCGUUUGAACUCUGCAUCGAUAACAGUCCGGAUGGUUCUCUUCCUCUUUGGCCCGGAGGACACGACGUCCACUAUUUCCAAAAACAAUCUGAAAUGUGGACUCAUCAGACCAUAGAACACUUUUCCACUUUGCAUCAGUCCAUCUUCGAUGAGCUCGGGCCCAGAGAAGCCAGCGGCAUUUCUGGAUGUCAUUGAUAAAUGGCUUUCUCUUUGCAUAGUAGAGUUUUAACUUCCACUUACAGAUGUAGAGACAAACUGUAUUUACUGACAGUGGUUUUCUGAAGUGUUCCUGAGCCCAUGUGCUGAUAUCCUUUACACACUGAUGUCGGUUUUUGAUACAGCGCCGCCUGAGGGAUCAAAGGUCAUGACCAUUCAAUGUUGGUUUCCUGCCGUGCCGCUUACCUGCAGUGAUUUCUCCAGAUUCUCUGAACCUUCUGAUGAUAUUUUGGACCGUAGAUGUUGAAACCCAUAAGUUCUUUGCAAUUGUACUUUGAGAAAUGUUCUUACACUGUUCGACUGUUUGCUCACACAGUUGUUGACAUAGUGGUGAACCUCGCCCCAUCCUUGCUCAUGAAUAACUGAGAGUUUUUGGGGAAGCUGCUUUUAUACCCAAUCAUGACACCCACCUGUUCCCUAUAAGCCUGCUCACCUGUCGGACGGUCCAAAUAGGUGUUUGAUGAGCAUUUCUCAAAUUUCUCAUUAAUUUUGCCACCUUUCCCAACUUCUUUGGCACGUGUUGCAGCCGUCAAAUUCUAAAGUUAAUGAUAAUUUGCAAAAAACAAUCAAGUUAGUCAGUUUGAACAUUAAAUAUCUUGUAUUUGUAGGGAAUUCAAUUGAAUAUAGGUUGAAAAGGAUUUGCAAAUCAUUGUAUUCCGUUUUUAUUUCCGAUCUACACAUCUUCCCAACUUCAUAGGACUUAGGUUUUUUAUGUUUUAAACUCUCUUGACCCGCCCCCCUAACAAUCCUCAACAGUGUGGUGUCGACUGUGGACCUGUUCCGGCUCCUGGGAUCCACUGUCUCCAGGGACCUGAAGUGGACCUCCCACAUAGAUUCUGUUUGUAUAAAAAACUAUGAACAGGAGAAGUUCAUGUCUAGAACUUUAUCUUUCCUUAUUUUUAUUGAAUGUAUUUUCUUUUUCUUACAAAAUGAUCAGCUUUCUCUCUGAAGUUUGGUUGGUUUUGUAAGAAUGUCCAACACUUUAUGAAAAGGAAAAAAGGACGAGCACGCCUCCGUGAAGAGCCUAAAAGGAGUCAAACAGAAAAAAAUCCACACAAAGAAAAAUGAUCAUUGACCCUGAGACUAUGUAGUGCCUGUGUUUGAUCCGUUUCCACGUCCACAGACAACAACUCACUUCUUCUCGUUGGUGGGUGCUCAGUUCACCCCUCCACCGCUCCUCUGCUGAUAUAUCAAAAUUCUAUGAUAGAAUCCUCUGAGAUAGGUCACUCGCUCUAGCCUGUUAGUCUGCUAUGAUGUUAUAUAACAUUAAGGGAGAGCAGAAAUGAUUGAAAACAGCAACAUAAGCUAAAUACUGAAGAAACUGAACUACACUGACAUUUUUGAACAAUUGCUGUGGGGAUGGUAACCUGGGCCUGAAGACUAAACUGAUAGUUGGGUAUUUGAUGAAUAAUUCUUGAUGCCAUUCUCAGCCCCAGUCCAUUCUUUGUGAAUUUGUUUGUGGUCUCUGGUCCAGGUCCAAUCAUCCCGGUCCUCAGGCUCAGGGUUGGAAGAGUCUCCUCCACAGUCUCUUGUUGUAAUCCUCAUUUUCUGCCUUGUUCAGGUUCUCCAUCCUUCCAUCAGCUCCUGUUUCUUCAUCCUCCUUCUCCCCUGAUUAGUUUUGAUGAAGCGCUGAAGUCUUUGAAUAACCCUGAGACUGAGAGAAUUUUUGUUCUCAGACGCUGCAGCUAAACAGUUUUCUUUAUCCUCCCUGUGUGAACUAACAUGUGUGAGGUCAGAUAUCUUUUAUCACAAUAUUUUUUACCACACUCAGAGCAGCUGAAAGGUUUCUCCCCUGUGUGAACUACACUGUGUCUGGUCAGAUGCUGUUUUUGUGAAAACCUUUUACCACACUCAGAGCAGCUAAAGGGUUUAUCUCCUGUAUGAAUUGCUCUGUGUCUGAUCAUAUUCCGUUUGUCUGAAAAUCUUAUACCACAGUCAGAGCAGCUGAAAGGUUUCUCCCCAGUGUGAACCAACAUGUGUCCUCUUAGAGCCUCUUGAGAUUUGAAUCUUUUACCGCACUCAGAGCAGCUGAAGGGUUUUUCCACUGUAUGAACUAACAUGUGUCUGGUCAGAUGCUGUUUUUGUGAAAAAUGUUUACCGCAGUCAGAGCAGCUGAAAGGUUUCUCUCCUGUGUGAACCAACAUGUGUAUUUUUAAAGCCUGUUGACAGUUGAAGCUUUUACCACAAUCAGAGCAGCUGUGAGAUUUCUUGACAGUUUUCUGUCCUCUUCUUUUCAUUAAUUUCCCAGAGUUUAAUCCUGACUGAUCCUCUCUGGUCUCCUUCCAAUCAUCAUCAUCCUCAGUCUCAGAGGAGUCUUCUGACCUGUUAUCACUCACAGGAUUUGAGUUUCCAGCUGGUUCUGAAACUCCACAGAUUUCUCCAUCAUCUCCUGUUUCCAUCUUUUGAAUUGGUUUUGGGUGAAGCUGUGGAGGCUGAGGUUUUUCUUCAUCCUCUUCACUCUUCACAAUGGCAGCAGUGAAUGGGAACAUGGUGGCCUCAGCCUCCUCAAACCCUUGAAGCUGCUCUCCCUCCUGACUGCUCCAGAGUUCCUCCUCCUUAAUGUGCAUGUGCUUGGUGUCCUUUUGGUUUAGAUCAGGGCUCCACUCCUGGAGCUCAAGAGGUUCCUCUUUAAUCACUGACAGCUGCUGGACAUCUGCAGGAAACACCAAAGUACAGAAAGACACAUCAAGAUAAGCUUGGCAUCUAUGUUGGAGACAAACUUUGGAUAGAUUCUUGCUUUUAAUUUUCAAACUCCCCUACAAGUUAAAUUUAAUCAACUCCUAAACAGACCAACCAGAUUUUAUUUUGGUGUUUUAUUGAAGGAGAAGUUGUUUCAAGCACUCCCAAAAAACAGGCUAGAAAUGCCUGCCCUGAAGCAUCACAUUCGGGUCAUACAGUUUGUGUCGGUCAGAGAAGAACCAACUGAUCAACUGGAGAAACUUUGUCAUCAUGGAUUUUUUUGCACUUUGACUUUGAACACCACACAUUGGAAAAACAAGUCAUUAUCACUUUUUUUAUGAUGUUUUGGAAACAGCCAUAGUGAUGGUCAUUAGGAACAAGUGGGGCUUAGCCCCACCUCUUGUCAUAAAAAAACUAAAUGAAUCUGUUAUCAGCAGUUGUCAAAAAAAUGAUGAGACAUGAUGAGGCCUAUUGCAUGAUAACUGCAGAGUCACCAUUUGCAUUUUCUUUUGGUUGCAAAUGCAAAUAUAUGUUUUUAAUGAUUGUAGAAGUCCUUCUCCUCCCGUUGGUGUCUGCAGAGAACUACAAUGGCUGCAGGGUCAAUGUUAGGCCAGCCACUCUCUCACAGCUGAGUGUGUAUUAUACAUGGGAAAAUUGAAAUGAACACUCUCAGAGUGUUUGUCUGUUUACUGUACAUCCGCCUAAAGAAUUAAACAUCAUGCCUUUUUAAAGACUUGAUUGGCUGAUAAUUCAAAGCAGUUUCGGUGAUUUGCUGCUGUCAUUCAAGCUGCUAAACUGCUAAAAGUCAGAAAACCAUUUCUGGACAGGAUACAGAAACUUUUAGUAAUGCUGGCUAACUUUAAAGGUGAACGAGGCAGAUUUUUAACUGUGGCACAGGUUUAAACCUUGACUCUACAAGAGAAAUGUGGAAAUAAAGCAGCUUGGACCCCAUCAGCUACAGGAUAUUAUUAUAUUAUUGUCACUCAAACUGCCUAUAAGACAAACCACAGAUUUACUGGGAGUGGUCCUCCAAGAAAAAGUGGCUAACUGUCAGCAGAGAAUAUUUUUUUUUCCCAUGUUUGUUGUUUAGAGGAGAAGGUACUUGGUCCAGACGGGGAUUGAAGGAUUUGUGGGACUGUGUGAUUUCUGAAAGAUUGUUGACAUUGAAGGAAUUCAUGAGUUUAGUUUGCUAAAGUGGUGUAAGCUUUUUUGAUGCAAGGCGGCAUAACCUAAGGGAAGCUCUGUGUCCUACUGGUAAGCUGUGCAGUUAUUGGGAGACUUAUUUUGAAAGGGGACUGUGCUUCCUGUUUUUGUAAAUAUAAGUAGAAUGGCUUCUGUCUGUCUCAGAGAUCUUUUUAGCUUUUAUUGUGCUGGGACGUUACUGUGGCAACAGAUGAAAGGCACUGCCGACACAGAACAGGUGCUUGGUGACGUCAUCCUUUCUGUAACCGAAAUAAUUACAGAUAAGUGACGUUGGUGUUCUGUUUGUCAACAAGUAUUGAUCUUCAAAGGUCAGUGACGUUGCUGUUCUGUUUGUCAACAGGUUUUGAUCUUCGGUAGUUUUCUCUUGUUCGUUUCUCAUGUUGAAGAAGAAGAAGAAGGUGAACUAACCUGCUCUCUUCAGUUUGAUUUCAGGCAUUAAAAUCACACUCAGCAGUUUUCGUUGCCGUUGGAGCUCCUCUUCAUACACAGAUGUUGCUGAUCGUCCUGAAAGGUCUCCGUUAACAGCAGCGAGCAGCCGCCGGCUGAAGAAAUCUUCAAGAUCCUGAAACCUGGACAUUUUCUACCGACCCAAGAGUCAAACAGAGACAAGACAACUGCAGAUGGACGCCUUAACUCGGGUUAUCCUGCUAAUGACUCCUCGGGAGAGUCCCUCCGUGCUCCGGACCCUUCUUCUUCUUCUUCUUCGGUGCGGGCGACCAUAAAGUUGCAUUACCGCCACCUAUUGGACUGGGAUUUGGAACGAGUUUAGGGAAGGAAAUAAAAGAAUAAUUAAGAAAUAUAUAACUUUCUUAACUCAUCCAGUGUCGAUCCAGAAUUAGAUUUUAACCGUAUUAAUUUCCCAGCUGUCUUUCCUGAUAGACCUUAAAUUAAAACCUUUUUUUUGCUUUGACCUUGUCAAAGACUGAAAUAAGUCAUUUCUGUCGCUGGUACACUUUGAAAACUGGAAAUGAUUUAAUAUUAAAAUUGUGGGUGGAAUAAAAAUCUUAUAAAGAUAUAAAACAUAGUACAGAGGAUAUUUGAGGAAGUUGGAUUAUAAUCUGGGUGUGGUGGUAAACUAACCAUGACAUGUUGGAUUCAUGUCAUGUUGAUGGUGUCAAAGAGGCGAUGAUAGAACUGUGUUGUUGUCAGAGAAGAAGAAAGUGGAACUGAACAGCAUGAGGAUUGGAUAAAGUGAUGCUUUAAUCAGGUACCUAAACAACAUCAAACAUCCAAUCCAGAUAAAAACCCUUCAAGUGUAACUUUACAUAUAUGUGGUCCAACUGUUCAAUGAUCAUACCGACAAGACCACCUCUGAAAAGACAUGGAAAUGAUGCAUCUUUACAUGAAGUCUCUUACAAUGAGCCUGGCACAACCACUGAUGUUACUCUCAGCAGUUCUGGACGGUCAGAAAUGAUGAAUAAUUCUUGAUGCCAUUCUCAGCCCCAGUCCAUUCUUUGUGAAUUUGUUUGUGGUCUCUGGUCCAGGUCCAAUCAUCCCGGUCCUCAGACUCAGGGUUGGAAGAGUCUCCUCCACAGUCUCUUGUUGUAAUCCUCAUUUUCUGACUUGUUCAGGUUCUCCAUCCUUCCAUCAGCUCCUGUUUCUUCAUCCUCCUUCUCCCCUGAUUAGUUUUGAUGAAGCGCUGAAGUCUUUGAAUAAUCCUGAGACUGAGAGAAUUUUUGUUCUCAGACGCUGCAGCUAAACAGUUUUCUUUUUCCUUCAUGUUAACAAACAUGUGUGAGGUCAGAUACGUUCAACAAUUAACUCUUCUACUGCACUCAGAGCAGCUGAAAGGUUUCUGCCCUGUGACAUACCAUGUGAACUGUCAGGUUAUAUUUAUGGCUAAAUUUUUUACCACACUCAGAGCAGCUGAAAGGUUUCUCUUUACUGUGAGUUAACAUGUGUGAAGUCAUGUGUGUUUUGCGGUAAAACCUUUUACCACACUCAGAGCAGCUGAACGGUUUCUCUCCUGUGUGAACUAACAUGUGUCCGACCAGAACUUGUUUUUGUGUAAAUCUUUUAUCACAUUUAGAACACCCAAAGCGUUUCUCUCCUGAAUGAAUUACUUUGUGUCUGAUCAUAUUCUGUUUCAGUGAAAAUCUUUUACCACACUCAGAGCAGCUGUAAGGUCUCUCUCCUGUGUGAACUAACAUGUGUUGGGCCAGAGAUCUUUUAUCAUAAAACCUUUUUCCGCACUCAGAGCAGCUGAAAACAUUUUCUCCUGUGUGGGCUGACAUGUGUUUGAUCAGAUCUUUUUUUUGUGUGAAUCUUUUACCACACUCAGAGCAGCUGAAGGGUUUCUCCCCUGUAUGAACUGCUCUGUGUCUGAUCAUAUUCUGUUUUUGUGAAAAUGUUUUACCGCAGUCAAAGCAGCUGAAAGGUUUCUCUCCUGUGUGAAUUAACAUGUGUCUGAUCAGAGUCCCUUGACAGUUGAAUCUUUGACCGCACUCAGAGCAGCUGAAAGGUUUCUCCCCUGUGUGAACCAACAUGUGUCUGAUGAGAGCCCCUGGAGCGUUAAAUCUUUUACCGCACUCCGAGCAGCUGUGAGAUUUCUUGACAGUUUUCUGUCCUCUUCUUUUCAUUAAUUUCCCAGAGUUUAAUCCUGACUGAUCCUCACUGGUCUCCUUCCAAUCAUCAUCAUCCUCAGUCUCAGAGGAGUCUUCUGACCUGUUAUCACUCACAGGAUUUGAGUUUCCAGCUGGUUCUGAAACUCCACAGAUUUCUCCAUCAUCUCCUGUUUCCAUCUUUUGAAUUGGUUUUGGGUGAAGCUGUGGAGGCUGAGGUUUUUCUUCAUCCUCUUCACUCUUCACAAUGACAACAGUGAAUGGGAACAUGGUGGCCUCAGCCUCCUCAAACCCUUGAAGCUGCUCUCCCUCCUGACUGCUCCAGAGUUCCUCCUCCUUAAUGUGCAUGUGCUUGGUGUCCUUUUGGUUUAGAUCAGGGCUCCACUCCUGGAGCUCAAGAGGUUCCUCUUUAAUCACUGACAGCUGCUGGACAUCUGCAGGAAACACCAAAGUACAGAAAGACACAUCAAGACCAGCUUGGCAUCUAUGUUGUAAUUUAUUCUUUGUUUUAUUUCCAAGGAGAAGGUGCUACUGCAUUUUUGUGAUUAAGAGGUUUGCUUCAAUCAUAUUCUAUAUUUGGUUUUGGCCAUAGACUGUAUAUAGAACGGACGCCGUCUGCCUCCUUGCUGGGUGAAGCCACUUCGAGAACAGCACCCUCUGGUGACGGGCUGCAAUAUAGGUCAUAAAUCCCACCUCCUCCAGCCAUCCCUAUGGAGCUGUGGGAAAAUUUAUUACACAGAAUAUAAAUGUUUCUCCCCCCUGGUUGUGAUGUUGACGUGUAGUUACUGUCAGACUGGUUUGUGCUCAAGUCCUCUUGAGCAGUCGGAGACUUAGGCUGUGUCCGAAAUGGCUCCCUCACCCCUAUAGAGGCGACUAUAUAGGGGUUAGCGCCAUUUUGAGGGGUGUCCCAAACCUGAGUGAUCAAUUCCAGUGCCCCAUAUAGGCGACUCAAAAUUUCCCAUAAAGCAUUGCAAAAAGUAGUGACCAUCCGAUGGUCACUAACCGAUGGUGGGCAUCCCGUCAUGCCAUGUAGUGUCGGAUACCUCCGGUGAUUGAGUUCACUACAUAGUCAGAUAUAUAGUGAAACUCCAUAUGGGGGUCAGGGGUCAGGGGUUGAGUGAUUCAUUUCGGACACAGACAUAGACAUAAUAAAUGUAGACGCCUAAAAGCCUGACGCUGCCUGUUGGAGCUCACGUAUCAGUGCAGCCGCCAUCUUGGAUAGGUCCCCCAUGUGCCGCCAGUGCAUUAAGGUAGGUAGGGAUGCCCAACCAUACUAACAAUAACUCUCCGAAUCUCUGCCUGAUUUUCACUGUUUGGUUUGUAACAACAGCAGGGAUGUAGCAAUAAUACAGGACAAUGUCACACAUUAAAAAUAAACCCAAAUAUUUUUCAAUCCUAUUUGUGAAAUGUAAUCCUACAUGAUCUGGUUUCAAUACUGUGUCGGGUUUUUCAACCAUAGAGUGCAAAAAUACAGGCAUGGUUGCUCGUUCUCCUCUGACCCCAUUCGGCUCUUGAGUGAACCUGGAGUGGGGAGACCAUAGACUGUCUUUACUCUGGACGACUUCGUUCUGCCCCCCCUGCCUGUUUACGGAUUUGAAGCCAAAAAGCUCUCGAUAUUUCCACGAUUUUUCUUCAUUUCCUGAAACCAGAGCUGCGCAGUAGCGAUGCGCGCAUUCGGCUGCGCAGUCGCCGAGAGUCGCUGCGAUGACGCUCGGCUCAAACAGCGUAUCCCCCAGUGAUCUACUCAAUCUCUGUCCUCCCAUUGGCUGUAUCAGGUGUCAAUCAUAGAAAACAUGAACCCCCUAAUAACUUUUAAGUAACUGCAUGUCAACAUCACAACCAGGGGGGAGAAACAUUUAUAUUCUGUGUCAUUCAUUUAUAAAGUUUGUCCACAGCUCCAUAAGGAGGCGGGGUUUAUGACCUAUACUGCAGCCCGUCACCAGAGGGCGCUGUUCUCACAGAGAGGAGGAGGCAGACGGCGUCUAUUCUAGAUACAGUCUCCAGCACGUAAUGAGGCAUCUAUGUAUGUAAUGUCUACGGUCGGAGAUGGAAUAAAGGGAGAAACUUUGACGUUUUUUCCAUUUUGUAGUUGAACAAAAAAACUGGGAACACGAGUCUCUCUGCUUUUAAAGAAAAAUGUUACGGAAACAGACUUUUAAAGAAAUUUCGUUUUCUUGUUUUUUAACUUUUGCUUUUAUUUUGAAAAACGAGUGUACGCAGGAAACGUGAGUUGUAUCACUCCUCUGUUAUAAUCGUGUUUGAAUUUCAUCUGUUGACCUCAAGUUCUCUCUCUUUUUCAGUAUCAGUCCCGUUUUAGAAGAAGAAGAAGGUGAACUAACCUGCUCUCUUCAGUUUGAUUUCAGGCAUUAAAAUCACACUCAGCAGUUUUCGUUGCCGUUGGAGCUCCUCUUCAUACACAGAUGUUGCUGAUCGUCCUGAGAGGUCUCCGUUAACAGCAGCGAGCAGCCGCCGGCUGAAGAAAUCUUCAAGAUCCUGAAACCUGGACAUUUUCUACCGACCCAAGAGUCAAACAGAGACAAGACAACUGCAGAUGGACGCCUUAACUCGGGUUAUCCUGCUAAUGACUCCUCGGGAGAGUCCCUCUGUGCGCCGGACCCUUCUUCUUCUUCUUCUUUGGUGUUUUACGGCAGCCAGCGUCCAUGGAGUUGCAUUACCGCCACCUACUGGACUGGGAUUUGGAACAGGAGUUUAGGGCAGAAAAUAAAAAAGUAGUUUUAAAAAAAGAUCAUUUUUAAAACUAAUUCGGUGUCGUUCAAGAAUUGGAUUUUAACCGUAUUAAUUUCCCAGCUGUCUUUCCUGAGAGACCUUAAAUUAAAACGUUUUUAUGCUUUGACCUUGUCAAAGACUGAAAUAAGUCAUUUCUGUUGCUGGUACACUUUGAAAACUGGAAAUGAUUUAAUACUAAAAUUGUGGGUGGAAUAAAAAUCUUAUAAAGACAUAAAACAGAGUACAAAGGAUAUUUGAGGAAGUUGGAUUAUAAUCUGGGUGUGGUGGUAAACUAACCAUGACAUGUUGGAUUCAUGUCAUGUUGAUGGUGUCAAAGAGGCGAUGAUAGAACUGUGUUGUUGUCAGAGAAGAAGAAAGUGGAACUGAACAGCAUGAGGAUUGGAUAAAGUGAUGCUUUAAUCAGGUACCUAAACAACAUCAAACAUCCAAUCCAGAUAAAAACCCUUCAAGUGUAACUUUACAUAUAUGUGGUCCAUAGACCUGUCACGAUAACAAAUUUUGCUGGACGAUAAUUGUGCUACAAAUUAUUGCCGAUAAACGAUAUUAUUGACACCGUUUUUUAAAUUAUAGAUAAUGAUAUUAAAUGGCAUAAUAAUGCGAGUAGACCGUGUCAAAAGUGAUAAACUUUAAUUUCACCCAUGACGAAGACGUAACGUUGACGAGCUAAACAUAAGUCGGAGAUGACUAAAAUGUGACGAGACGAAAGCGCGUUUACGUUGAUGGGACGAGACGAAAAUGACGAACAGAGUUGCAAAACUCAGUCAGUUAAACGCUAAACAUAUAGGAGCAGCUUCAGUCCGCUCUGACAGCUCUCAUCAGCCUGCUGUGCUCCUCCAACACACAGACACACACACACGCGCGCACACACACACGUGGAGUUUUGUGGUUGACGAAAACAAAACUGGUUUAAAGCCGAAAUAUUCCCACACUUGGGCUGUUGCGUUCGGUUUAGACACCAAAGCUGUUGUGUUCAUUUUGUUCGCUUGCUUUUCACUCACGACGCUCACUUGCAGCACUGUAUCCCAAAGUCUGUGUCUGUGUGCCUGUGCGCGCCCCCCGUGACAAAGACACUGAAUGACUGAAAGGAGGGUUCACUAACUCCGUUCAUUCCGCUAUAGAGCCAACGCCCCCAGGUGCCGAGAAAAAUGCGCAGAGUGAGACCUCUUCUCUCAUCCAGCGUCUUUGGUAGCAAGAGAGGAGGAAAACAAACGCACGUCAAUUAUCGAGGCUGGCAAAAUGACCGACCUCGUUUUUAUUUACCGAGCGAUAAGGCGAUUUAUUGAUUAUCGCGACAGGCCUAGUGGUCCAACUGUUCAAUGAUCAUACCAACAAGACCAAUAAUCCUGAGACUGAGAGAAUUUUUGUUCUCAGACGCUGCAGCUAAACAGUUUUCUUUAUCCUCCCUGUGUGAACUAACAUGUGUGAGGUCAGAUAUCUUUUAUCACAAUAUUUGUUACCACACUAAGAGCAGCUGAAAGGUUUCUCUCCUGUAUGACGUAACAUGUGUAAGGUCAGAUCCCUUUUCUCACAAUAUGAUUUACCACACUCAGAGCAGCUGAAAGGUUUCUCCCCCGUGUGAACAAACAUGUGUUUGGCCAGAGACCUUUUAUCACGAUAUUUUUUAUCACACUCAGAGCAGCUAAAAGGUUUCUCCCCUGUGUGAACUAAGAUGUGUCUGGCCAGAUCUUGUUUUUGUGUAAAUCUUUUACCACAAUCAGAACAACCCAAGGGUUUCUCUCCUGUGUGAACUAACAUGUGUCUGGCCAGAUCACUUUUUUGUGUAAAUCUUUUACCACAAUCAGAACAACUGAAGGGUUUCUCUCCUGUGUGAAAUAACAUGUGUCGUUUAAGAACCUCUUUAAAUUUGAAUCUUUUAUCGCACUCAGAGCAGCUGAAUGGUUUCUCUUUCCUGUGAUGUAACAUGUGUUUAGUCACUUGGUUUUUUUGGGAAAAUCUUUUAUCACACUCAGAGCAGCUGAAAGGUUUCUCUCCUGAAUGAUUAACUUUGUGUCUGAUCAUACUCUGUUUAAGUGAAAAAUUUUUCCCGCACUCAGAGCAGCUGAAAGGUUUUUCCCCUGUGUGAACUAACAUGUGUCUGGCCAGAGCACUCAUGACCAAAUAUUUUUUAUCACACUCAGAGCAGCUGAAAGGUGUCUCUCCUGUGUGAACCAACAUGUGGUUGGCAAGAGACCUUUUAUCAAAAUAUUUUUUAUCACACUCAGAGCAGCUGAAAGGUUUCUCCCCUUUGUGAACUAAAUUGUGUGUGGUCAGAUGUUGUUUUCGUGAAAAUCUUUUACCACACUCAGAGCAGCUGAAAGGUUUCUCUCCUGUGUGAACGACCAUGUGUAUUUUCAGAGCCUGUUGACAGUUGAAUCUUUGACUGCACUUAGAGCAGCUGAAAGGUUUCUCCAUUGUGUGAACCAACAUGUGUCUGAUGAAAGCCUCUUGAGAAUUAAAUCUUCUACCAGACUCAGAGCAGCUGUGAGAUUUCAUGACAGUUUUCUGUCCUCUUCUUUUCAUUAAUUUCCCAGAGUUUAAUCCUGACUGAUCCUCUCUGGUCUCCUUCCAAUCAUCAUCAUCAUCAGUCUCAGAGGAGUCUUCUGACCCGUUAUCACUCACAGGAUUUGAGUUUCCAGCUGGUUCUGAAACUCCACAGAUUUCUUCAUCAUCUCCUGUUUCCAUCUUUUGAAUUGGUUUUGGGUGAAGCUGUGGAGGCUGAGGUUUUUCUUCAUCCUCUUCACUCUUCACAAUGACAACAGUGAAUGGGAACAUGGUGGCCUCAGCCUCCUCAAACCCUUGAAGCUGCUCUCCCUCCUGACUGCUCCAGGGUUCCUCCUCCUUAAUGUGCAUGUGCUUGGUGUCCUUUUGGUUUAGAUCAGGGCUCCACUCCUGGAGCUCAAGAGGUUCCUCUUUAAUCACUGACAGCUGCUGGACAUCUGCAGGAAACACCAAAGUACAGAAAGACACAUCAAGAUAAGCUUGGCAUCUAUGUUGGAGACAAACUUUGGAUAGAGAUUCUUGCUUUUAUCAUCCCGCAAAAUUUGUUAUUGUUCCUGGCCUAGAUCUAAGGUUUGGAGACAGAUAUCAAAAAUAGAAAAAACAACUGGUUAUUGAUUUUGGUUUUAAAAUAGAAACACCAAAAUUGAAAUACAGCUUGAUUUUCUUUCCUGCUGUCUGGAAGGAGUAAAGAAAAGUCAAAUAAUGGUUUGAUUUUUAAUAAUAACUUCUAACAUUACAAAGGAAUAAAGCAGA